AGAAGAAGACGGCGGGAGUUGUUAGCAUGUUUGGCAGCUAACGUUAACUACUAGCUAGCUAGGUAUGGACGUGAACCAUCUCUGGAGUUAACUAACCACCGUGAGUGAGUAUGGAAACACAUGAAAGUAGACAACAAUAGCAAGCUGACGUUAGCUAUCUAGCUAAUGUAUCCAACAUAGCACAUGACGAGUAAACAGUCAAGCAAGCCAACUACGCCGAUUGUCUGCGUUGAAUUCAGCAAACUAGCACGGAUUCUGGACACAAUAACCCUUGAUGUGAGAUUAGCGACGUUAGCCAGCUAACAAAUUGCCAGUUGUUGGAUUAACAAUGGAAAGUUGGAAAUAACUGCUAUGACAGGCACCAGCGCAUGCUCAUGUGUGUUAGCCAAUGCUCAACAAUUUCAGGCUGAAAUGCUCAUGUUAGCCUAUAAUAAAGAUGGAAAUACGACACUAUCCAUGACAACAGUAGUCAUAGUAAAGCGAUUUAUUUUACACCAGCAACAUCUUUUGCUAUUUAUUUACCUUGCAAAUGAAUACAAUCUGAUUUGAAGCUGUAUUUGCAAAAGAGGAAAAUGUUGGAAACAAGGAAGGACUCAUGCCACAGUGUUGUCUUCUACACUAACGUUAGAUGCUGUAACGAUUAUUAACUUAUAAAACACGUUUCCCUCUGACAGAUUCAAACAUGACUGACAGGAAUUUACCUGAGUGGAUGUCGAAGAUAGAAACUACUGAAAAAGAUGCACUUAAACAGGUAUUGAAGUUGAGUAAACAGUACUCACAUUUAUGGUCCAAGAUAGUGAACAAAAAACUUGUAUGGUUAGUAACCCAGAAGUAGUGCCUUGUUCCUGGUUCUUUAACAUAUGGUAAUAUCACAGGCACAGUGUGUAGACUUCACCAGUAGGACAGGUCUACUGGCCUCUAAAUGCCUGCCAACAGCUGUCUGAGGUUGGCUAUCAAGGUGUGGUUAAUUUUCAAUUCAGUGAGGCUCUCUAAUUUGCUUACGUUUACCUAUCCACCUGAGCUGUGCAGGGUCAUAUGCAAAUAAAACCAUUGCACUGUUUCUCUCAACCCAUUUCAAUAUUCAGUUGUAUUAGUGCAUGUGAUAUUUUCCUUUUGACCACCACUGUUAAUUGAUUAUAGUCUGAAUAUUUUAUCAAUACUGUCUGAGUUUAAUUCAACCGGUUUAAUAAUACACUAUGUGUUGCAGUAUAGAGGUCUAUGAGACGAGUCCUGGAUCAUGCUGUCGCUCUUCUAACAUUUGCAUAGGUGAUGUAUGUACUGGAAAUGUAAAUUUCUGUACAAGGAGCAAGAAUACAUGUGCACAAUGAUGGACAAUAGUGAAUGGCCUUUUAUUUGCAUAUUUCCUUCGACACAGAGUAAACCCAAUAUGCCCAGUUCUGUGGAAAAACACAAGGCUGAUAAUAAAAUGUUCUCUCCCAUGUGCAGAAAAUGGCUGGUAAUAUAGUCUCUCUGUGGGGGUAAUAAGUAAGACCAUUUUUUUUCUCAACAGGUUCAAACAGGACUCUAUAAAAGAAAUGUCAUAGAAGAUGACCUUCAUUAUCUAGAGUUCACUGGCACAGUCAUAUUCAGCCAGGAGAGAAAUGACUGCUCGUUUCUGUCUGAGGAGUUAAGGUAAUCAAGACUAUCACCAGUCUGAGUCUAAUAGUACAUUCAGUGUACAUGUAAUAAAACAGAGAUUGUGCAGUCAAUCAAGUCAGUUGUACAGUGGUAAGCAGGCCUAGCAUGUGGAGUCAUGGGUUAAGCGUGCUGUGGCUUUAUUCACCACUUUGAGUAGUCGCUUACCUGUUUCCUAAGAACGCAUUACGUCGCUGAAGGCAUAUCUAUAAUCUGGAACUCGCUGUCGGUUCGUCUGGAUUGUAAAACGUGUUCACCGCUGUAAAAUAAAUGUCUGAAUCAAAAUUUUGGGGCAAAUAACAUCGCAAAGGUGUACCAACCACAUUGUAUGUUAAUUAUAGUUGGACUAAUUAAGUUUACUUGGAUUUUGCACCACAUUUACACCUCAAUCCCUCUCUUGUUUUUUUCCGUAGGUCUAGCCUUUCACCUGGCUCUGCUGUGGGGUUUGACAUAGAAUGGCCUCCUUCCUUCACCAAAGGCCAGAAGAAGAAAGUUGCCUUGGUCCAGCUGUGUGCUUCUGAGGAGAAGUGUUACCUUUUUCACCUCUCCUCCAUGUCAAGUAAAGUUCACAGGGGAAAUGUCUCUGACAUUGACUUAUUGUAUGAAUAAUUUUCUGCUUAUAAUUUCUAUUAUGUUGUUGCUGCCUAUACAGUGAGGGGAAAAAAGUAUUUGAUCCCCUGCUGAUUUUGUACGUUUGCCCACUGACAAAGAAAUGAUCACUCUAUAAUUUUAAUGGUAGGUUUAUUUGAACAGUGAGAGACAGAAUAACAACAAAAAAAUCAAGAAAAACGCAUGUCAAAAAAUGUAUGAAUUGAUUUGCAUUUUAAUGAGGGAAAUUAGUAUUUGACCCCCCCUCAAUCAGAAAGAUUUCUGGCUACCAGGUGUCUUUUAUACAGGUAACGAGCUGAGAUUAGGAGCGCACUCUUAAAGGGAGUGCUCCUAAUCUCAGUUUGUUACCUGUAUAAAAGACACCUGUCCACAGAAGCAAUCAAUCAAUCAGAUUCCAAACUCUCCACCAUGGCCAUGACCAAAGAGCUCUCCAAGGAUGUCAGGGACAAGAUUGUAGACCUACACAAGGCUGGAAUGGGCUACAAGACAAUCGCCAAGCAGCUUGGUGAGAAGGUGACAACAGUUGGUGCGAUUAUUCGCAAAUGGAAGAAACACAAAAUAAACUGUCAAUCACCCUCGGCCUGGGGCUCCAUGCAAGAUCUCACCUCGUGGAGUUGCAAUGAUCAUGAGAACGGUGAGGAAUCUGCCCAGAACUACACGGGAGGAUCUUGUCAAUGAUCUCAAGGCAGCUGGGACCAUAGUCACCAAGAAAACAAUUGGUAACACACUAUGCCAUGAAGGACUGAAAUCCUGCAGCGCCCGCAAGGUCCCCCUGCUCAAGAAAGCACAUAUACAUGCCCGUCUGAAGUUUGCCAAUGAACAUCUGAAUAAUUCAGAGGAGAACUGGGUGAAAGUGUUGUGGUCAGAUGAGACCAAAAUGGAGCUCUUUGGCAUCAACUCAACUCGCCGUGUUUGGAGGAGGAGGAAUGCUGCCUAUGACCCCAAGAACACCAUCCCCACCGUCAAACAUGGAGGUGGAAACAUUAUGCUUUGGGGGUAUUUUUCUGCUAAGGGGACAGGACAACUUCACCACAUCAAAGGGAUGAUGGACAGGGCCAUGUAUCGUCAAAUCUUGGGUGAGAACCUCCUUCCCUCAGCCAGGGCAUUGAAAAUGGGUCGUGGAUGGGUAUUCCAGCAUGACAAUGACCCAAAACACACGGCCAAGGCAACAAAGGAGUGGCUCAAGAAGAAGCACAUUAAGGUCCUGGAGUGGCCUAGCUAGUCUCCAGACCUUAAUCCCAUAGAAAAUCUGUGGAGGGAGCUGAAGGUUCGAGUUGCCAAACGUCAGCCUCGAAACCUUAAUGACUUGGAGAAGAUCUGCAAAGAGGAGUGGGACAAAAUCCCUCCUGAGAUGUGUGCAAACCUGGUGGCCACUACAUGAAACGUCUGACCUCUGUGAUUGCCAACAAGGGUUUUGCCACUAAGUACUAAGUCAUGUUUUGCAGAGGGGUCAAAUACUUAUUUUUCUCAUUAAAAUGCAAAUCAAUUUAUAACAUUUUUGACAUGCGUUUUUCUGGAUUUUUUUGUUGUUAUUCUGUUCUCACUGUUCAAAUAAACCUACCAUUAAAAUUAUAGACUGAUCAUGUCUUUGUCAGUGAGCAAACGUACAAAAUCAGCAGGGGAUCAAAUACUUUUUUCCCUCACUGUAGUUUAUCUGUAUUAUACCUGUUCUAACACAUUUAGACCUGUUCUGCAAUGGUUUUCUGUAUAGCAUAUCUCUGACUUCUUGCAGGAUUUCCAACUGGCUUGAAGAUAUUUUUGGAGGAUGAGAGAAUCCGAAAAGUUGGCGUGGGCAUCGAAGGAGACAUGUGGAAGCUACUCUCGGACUUUGAUGUCAAACUGAAGAAUUUCGUGGAGCUUGGAGAUUUGGCUAAUAAAAGAGUAAGAAUUGAAUCACAGAAUUGUACCCUCAUUUUACAGCCAUUACACAACUACCAUUACACAACUACCAUUACACAAAUACCAAUGUGUUUACUCAUGGGCCAAUGUAUCAAACGCUUCCACUUGUUGAUGUGUAACCAUAUGCUCAAGUCCCAAAAAAGAUGUCCAGUUAAAAAGGUAUCGUUCCAACUACUGCAAAAAUACCGGCCUCCUCGAAUAUGUCACCCAAAACGCAUCUGCUAACAUGCUAUGAGGAAUAGCAGAAGGACUGUUUGAUUUCUAUAAUGCUACAUACAUUAUUAUUUCCUCACUGACUAGAAUUCCCUGUGAUUUCCAGCUGCGAUGCGGUGAGAGGUGGAGUCUAGAUGGGCUCGUCAAGCACCUGUUCAAGAAGAGGCUCUUCAAACAGAAGAAUGUGCGCUGUAGCAAUUGGGAUGACUUUGAACUCUCCCAGGAGCAGAAAAGAUACGCGGCCACAGAUGCUUAUGUGAGUGGGAAAAACCUACUGUAUCAUUUUGUGUCAUUGGAAGAAUAGAGAACUGUUUUUGUGGGAGAGAUUCUGUAUUUGUUUAUCAGCCAUGUUUUAUUUUUUGUCUUGCCUAGGCUGGCCUGAUCAUUCAUAACAAACUGAAUACUAUGGACCCUGGUGAGUAUUGUGUAUGUUUUUUGAUGUGUCAUACGUGCAUUUUGUUUCUCAAAUCCCAGUUAUUUUAUUGGUUUCCUUCAUUAAAACCCCCCCAAGGUCGAUGUCCACGCCCCCGCUGAAAUCUAAUUCGCGUAAUAAAAAAAUCCCCAUAAAAAUCUGUCAGUUUAAGAUUGAGGCUCAAUCCACCGGUUCUGCCUAUGUCGCACUUCCGCAUCUGUGGCGAAAGGUGACAGAGCCUGAGCGGUGUUUAUCAGACCAUGAGACAUCCCGAAAAUCGGUCUUCUCACAAAAUCGUCUGUAGCGUCCGAAUGGUUUGGCCUUCAAACUAUUAUGACCCCUUUGGAAAUAUGAGACUCUCACAAACUCUCCAUUAUGCUCUACGACCUCCACAAGUGUCAGGAGACAGCUUCUGUCUGUAGCAUCCGUACCGUUUGGGCUACCUCUCUGUCCAAAGGCGAGACUCUCACGAACAUGUACAUGUCGGUUGUUUUGCCGUAGGACGUCAACAGGCCUCAAAACACUCGUCUGAAGGUCCCCCGGUACCAGUUGAAAAAAUGAAUGGAAGUACAGUGCAUUCGGAAAGUAUUCAGACCCCUUGACUUUUUCCACAUUUUGUUAUGUUACAGCCUUAUUCUAAAAUUGAUUAAAUAAAAAUUUCCCUCAUCAAUCUACACACAAUACCCCAUAAUGACAAAGCGAAAACAGGUUUUUUAGACAUUUUUGCGAAUGUAUAAAAAAAAAAAAAAACAUAACUUAAGUACCAUAAGUAUUCAGGCCCUUUGCUAUGAGACUCGAAAUUGAGCUCAGGUGCAUCCUGUUUCCAUUGAUCAUCUUUGAGAUGUUUCUACAACUUGAUUGGAGUCCACCUGUGGUAAAUUCAAUUGAUUGGACAUGAUUUGGAAAGGCGCACACCUGUCUAUAUAAGGUCCCACAGUUGACAGUGCAUGUCAGAGCAAAAACCAAGCCAUGAGGUCGAAGGAAUUGUCCGUAGAGCUCCGAGACAGGAUUGUGUCGAGGCACAGAUCUGGGGAAGGGUACCAAAAAAUGUCUGCAGCAUUGAAGGUCCCCAAGAACUCAGUGGCCUUCCAUCAUUCUUAAAUGGAAUAAGUUUGGAACCACCAAGACUCCCUAGAGCUGGCCGCCUGGCCAAACUGAGCAAUCAGGGCAGAAGGGCCUUGGUCAGAGUUCCUCUGUAGAGAUGGGAGAACCUUCUAGAAGGACAACCAUCUCUGCAGCACUCCACCAAUCAGGCCUUUAUGGUAGAGUGGCCAGACGGAAGCCGCUCCUCAGUAAAAGGCACAUGACAGCCCACUUGGAGUUGCCAAAAGGCACCUAAAGGACUCUCAGACCAUAAGAAGUCUGAUGAAACCAAGAUUGAACUCUUUGGCCUGAAUGCCAAGCGUCACGUCUGGAGGAAACCUGGCACCAUUCCCUACGGUGAAGCAUGGUGGUGGCAGCAUCAUGCUGUGGGGAUGUUUUUCAGCGGCAGGGAGAGUAGUCAGGAUCGAGGGGAAAGAGUGUUGGAAGUUGUUUAGUGGACUAUGAGGUAAAACUGAGUUAAUCAUCAACAUAUAGUUAACAUUCUUUGUGGCUAACUGAAUUGGGUCAUUUCACUGUGUGUGUGGGUAAAUGAGGGAAUCUGACUUAGGGUCAGAUUGCUCGCUUUUACUUAAAUCCAUGGCUGUCUUAUCUUAUCAGGGACUGAAACUAGCUUGUGGCCUUUUUCUCUCUCCUCACACAAAGUGAUAAAGAACAGAGUUUAACCUAACCAUGAGUGUUUUUGCAAGAUAAGGGAUUGAUUGAUUGAGUGUGAACUGAAUGAAAGUCGAAUGUAGCCGCCACCAUAGACAAAGGGAGUGGGCGGAGCAAUAAAAGAGCGGGAAACUGAGGAGGGAGGGAUUUAAAGCUAUGGUGUGUGGAGGACACUAUAUAAGAUGGAGGGAGAGAAGAAGAGGGGGCGAAUCUGCAGAUUGGCCUGGCUUUGUUGACAUUAUAAUAAAGUCAUUCUCAAUCCCACAAACACUCUGGAAGGACUGAUUUGUAAUAAAGUAUAGUGGUUAUUUUCCACAACAAGAGUAACGGAGCACCAUCCCUACGGUGAAGACUGGUGGUGGCAGCAUCAUGCUGUGGGGAUGUUUUCCAGCAGCAGUGACUGAGAGACUAGUAAGGAUCGAGGGAAAAAUGAACGGAGCAAAGUACAGAGAGAUCCAUGAUGAAAACCUGCUCCAGAGCGCUCAGGACCUCAGACUGGGGCGAAGGUUCACCUUCCAACAGUACAACGACCCUAAGCACACAGCCAAGACAACGCAGGAGUGGCUUCGGGACAAGUCUCUGUAUGUCCUUGAGUGGCCCAGCCAGAGCCCGGACUUGAACCCGAUCUAACAUCUUUGCCGAGACCUGAAAAUAGCUGUGCAGUGACACUCCCCAUCCAACCUGACAGAGCUUGAGAGAAUCUGCAGAAAUUAAUGGGAGAAACUCCCCAAAUACAGGUGUGCCAAGCUUGUAGUGUCUUACCCAAGAAGACUCAAGGCUGUAAUUGCUGCCAAAGGUGCUUCAACAAAGUACUGAGUAAAGAGUUUGAAUACUUAUGUAAAUGUGAUAUUUAAGUUUUUUUAUUUUUAUAAAUUUGCUAAAAUUUCUAAACCUAUUUUUGCUUAAUGAGGGGAAAAAAACAAUUCAAUCAAUUUCAUAAUAAGGCUGUAACGUAACAACAUUUUGAAAAAGUCAAAGAGUCUGAAUACUUUACUAAUGCACUGUAUAUAUGGAGACUGUUUUAAUGCCAUCAAUAUGGGGUUAAAUACAUGUGAAAUUAAAAAAUUAAAAAUCCUGAUCUGUGACCGACCAGCUCGAUAUGGUCUUAUGUAGCAACAUUUGAAAUGGUGUUUUUUACAUUGGAUAAAAGCAGAGACUCAGAGCUAGAAAAUUGUAUAUCAUACACUACAGUUGAGGAAUAAUCGGAAAGUAAUUCUGAAUGUUUUGGUACACCUACUGGAGAGCUCUUUGUCUACACCAAUUCCGCAUCGUUCACACCCUCUUAAGCCUUAGCCCCACCCAUCUCUUUAAGGAUUCCCAUGUGAGGCCAUGUGCUAAACAGUGAGUACGGUAGUGUACAACCAAAGAUUAAGACUAAAGGCUGGUUUAUACUACUUCUAUCGACAUGUCUGGAUACAGUUGUUGCAGUGACAUCAUGAGCAUUCUAUUGUCGUCCAACAUCAAACUUGUCGUUAUGAAAAAGUAUAAACACAAAAACGACAGGCUGCAUGACAUCAGCAGCCUGGUGGUCCAAAAUAGCAUAACUGGUGUAUUUUAACACCAAUAAACCCAUCCUUUUAAAAAUGAAUUUAGUAUAUGUCAAUCUAGCAAACCAGGCAACUAAAAGCAACUUACUAAACAAUGUUUUGGUUAGUUUCUAGCUUGUUAGCUAGCUAGCUAAUGUUAAAUUAGCUGGCUAGCCAGUUCAAAUAAUGACCAUCAUAUAUAGCUGACAACGUCUUAACUUUAGCUAAUUCCUAUUCAUUAUUACAGGAAAAUAAACGUACAACAAGAUCAUUAUUUACAAGUUAAUGGCGAGCUAAUUACAGAAAAUAGUUUACGAUUGUGAGUGUGACAAAAUAAAAGCAGGGCAUUCUACCGGAGAAUUUUAGAACGGACACUUUCUCGUUGGCCUAACAUUAUAUCCUAAUUUGACUUUGGUGCAGGUCAUGUUGUUCUUCACAUUACCGUCUCUGGUAAACACACACUAUAUUAAAUAACCUCAACGUUUAUUUGUCACAUGCACAGGCUACAUAAAGUGUAAACAGUACACUGAAAGUCUUACUUGCAUAGUGGAGUCUCUCUUUUGUUUAGGCAUGUAGCUAACUAAACAAUUAACCAUAAUCCCAACUCGUAACGUUACUACCCUGCAUUAAUCUACAGGUAGCUAAAGCUAACAAACUAGCUAGGUUCAAUGUUAGCUAGCUAGCUAACAUUGGGCUAUAACUAGCAAUGCAAAUGGCUCUGAGAUACGAAUAUUAUUACUACAGAGAUCAUACAUGUAACGUUAGCUAGCCAGCCAGCUAACGUUAGCUAGCUAGCUAACAGUACGCCUUAACUUACAAUGAAAAUGAAUAUCUGGAAAUGUAGCAAGACUCUCUUACCCGUGUCCAAUUUGUAAGUCGCUCUGGAUAAGAGCAUCUGCUAAAUGAUGUAAAUGUACAUGGAUGAACGCUUCUCCCUCUCUGUCACGGAUGCAAUGGUUGCCCAUAGUUUGAAGAUAUAAUCCGGAGACUGGUGUUUUGUACAACAGCCUUCUCUUUUCGACUCCCUCCACAUUUGCAAUCAAACACCUGAAUUUUGUCCAUCUCCUUAGCUAUCAUACUCUGCUUCCACCGGGCAUUCCACUGAUUUCAAAACUCGGUCCUCCAGAAAUUGGAGUGCCUUAGCAACACUUGUGCAGUUCUUCGUGAUAUCUUUCAAAAAAUAUGCUUUGGAAAGGAUUACCUACACAUACUAAGCAGCUCAUGUUCUAGCGUGCUACAUGGCAGACCAAUCCAAACUCAUCUCUCGGCAUGUCCAGCCCAUCCAUUAUCUCAGCCAGUCAUGGCUAGCUGGAAGGUUCCUGUCUUUUUCCGUGGCUAAACCAACUAGGCUAAUAAUUUAACAAUUCUAUUCGUAUUUACAGAUGGCAUACAAGUUUGUUAUUAAGGCACAUGAAAGCUCACACGUUCAAAUGCCUCUCCUGUGAAGUAGUGACGCGCAACAUAUGCCUAGUUUCCUGAAAUGAGUCACAUCUUUCUUAUCUCUCAGAUAUAGGAGAGACACUUCAGAACAAACUUCCUUUUGAUUUUUGGGGGGGACUGUAUGUUGUUCCAUGUAGUGAAUAAGCUAAUAGCAGUAAGGCCUAAAAUUAUUUAUCAAAUAAUAAUUUGAUAGCUAAAAGAAAUCCCCCCCCACCCCGCUUAGACUCUGAUGGGUUAAUAGUGGAAUCUUUAAACAAAAUAUGUCUCUUUGUGCUCUAAUACAGGAGUGAAUUCUCGGUCUGGCCUUAAGGACAAGCUGUCUCAAAUGGCCAAUGAAAUUGAGGAAUUAGCUGGCAGCAUCCCAGAAGAAGUCAAUGACAUCCAGAGGUCCAGUAUACAGACGUUACUAUUCCAACAUCAAGAUUGUUCUUCACUCAUUUGUCUGAUUCAUAAGUACAGUACAGACGAGCUGUGUUCGAAUACCCAUACUAACAUACUGUAUGCUACAUACUUAAUGAGUAUAUACUACAUACUAUAUACUAUUAGUUCAUUUUAGUAUACUGUAAACGAGCGGUAUCGUUUCAGUUGUGCGUGGUAGAGCUUCGCCUGUCUACCGGAAGUUGAUGCUGUUGCUAUGCAAUCUCUUGCUAGCUUGUUAGCAUAAUAAAUUACUAGCUAAACGUUUUACGAUUUCGGGUGUGUUCGUAAAUUCAAUCUGGAGUGCCAGACUGCGCUCUGGGCGUUCGUAAAUCCAGAGCGUUUCGCUCUCGGAGUGUUCAGCACGCACACUGGACGCUCUGGCGGAGGAGUAGGGUUGAUCCGAGUGUUCAACUGCAGUCAAGCACCCAAGCUAACUGGCUAACGUUGGCUAGCUACUUCCAGACACAAAUGAGAGAACCCCUCACUCUGACCAUUGUACUCGCGCUAGCAGAGCUGGUUAUCCAGAGCGUUGGUGACUGUAACUGUGCUGCUGGCAACAAUUUUAAUUAUGCUUUUUUUGCAGACGUUUACUGACACCGGCCAUAUUCAACGGGUGUUGAGCGUUCGUAAAUUCAUCAGUUAUUCUGCGCUAGAGUGCUCUGAAAUCGGAGUAGAUAGCCAGAAUUAACAAUGUCUAUUGAAACGCACAACGACUAUACCUCUUAGCUAAGAAUGAUGUGAAUAAUCAAGUCAAUAAACGUUGGGUAGUUAGUUAGAUAGCAGAUAGUUAAUAUGCUGCCUGGCAAGUUUGAUGUAUUGGUAGCCAACUAACGUCAGGUACGUUAACUAGCUGACAUACCGGUACAUACUGCUGUAAUGCUAUGCGGUUCGUAAGGAUAGCGUUGCUAACAAAUUUUCAGCCAACAUAAUGUGUAACGUUACUUAUUUGAAAAGUCAUUACUUUAUUACAUUGCUCAACAUUUCCUUAACAUUUGUCAUAAUUAAUAAAAGCAAUGAAUUUGUAUGCGCUUUCGUCUGACUUUGGCUGCAUAUUUUCCGCCAUUUUCUUCAAAUCUGAAAAUGUUGUGAAGCCACGCCCAUUUUCAGAAGAAUUGCAUUAUGGGCCCUAAAAUCACAGAAAUAGUGUCCACUGCAUGUAUACUUUGUAUUUUGGCCAAUUUACUACGACAUCCGGGAACUUUUGGCAUACUAACUAUAUCCAUACUAUGACCAAUAAGCAUACUAUAUACUCAAUUCACGUCACAAAUAGUAUGGUUAGUGCGGUUAGUAUGAGUAUUCGAACACAGCUAAGGUCAGAAAUGUAACCAGUCUCAAAUUAAUUUUUGAUUUUAUUUUGUCAUUGUAGCGUUGCAACGCUAGUGGAGGACCUGUACGUUAGCCUCACUGCUCUGAGAGAUUUGCUGUCGAAGAACAACACCUCAGCUUCUACCACAGCUCCAGAACUUUUGUCUCACGACCUCCCAGAGAACAAGACCCUCAGUCCUGACAGAACAGACACAACCAAUGGAACACAGUUGGAUCUGGGCUCACCCGGGGAAGAUGAGGACCUCAAUCACUCCAACAUAGAUCUUUUUAAGGUUCCUGAACCCAUGGAAGAGGCCAGCAAACCCACAGACGAUCAAAGAGACUGCAUCAUGUCCCUGCAUAUCUCAGAGUAUGAGCUUCAAAUGCUGGAGAGGCAAGCCAGGCAGGAGGAUCUGGAGGAGCAGUCCACUUUGGAGUUCCAGGUGAAGAGUAAAUCUAUUUAGCCUGAUCCCAGACCUGUUUGUGCUGUAAUGCCAAUUCCUAUGGUCAUCGUCACGCCAGGCUAUAUCCAUUUGUAUUUGUGUGGAGGAUUCUACAUUUCAUGGCAUUGUUUAGGAAACAAGCUAAGGAUAGAGAGUCCUUUGUUGACCGCUUCUGUUCAUUUUGCAUUGUGCCACCUUCAUGCAAAUGUCAUGAAAAUUUGUCGGCAGCCAUGUAUUGUCCAGCUGAUGUGGACUAGAACAACUAAUAUAUUUAGCAGAUGCUUUUAUCCAAAGCGAGUUAGUCAUGUGUGCAUACAUUUUACGUACGGGUGGUCCUUGGAAUCGAACCCACUAUCCUGGCAUUGCAAGUAGGGCUGUGGUGAUACAAGUAUCGCAAUAUUUUUUCCAUAGCAAAAAUAAAACAACAAGCAGACAACUCUUUAAUCCAUUCAUAAUCUGCUGGUUGCAAAAUAUUGUGUGCUAUAGCUUGGAAAAUACAUUUGACUGGAUGACAACAUAAUGAUGUUUGUUUCCAACAUUAAGGAUGUUUUCCUAAAGAAGUUAAAUCUGCUUAAUGUUUUGUUUCCUUGCCACGAUACUAACAAGUAUCACGAUACAGGUAUCGUUCCGGCACUAGUUGCAAGCGCCAUGCUCUAACAAUCGAGCUACAGUAGACAUUAUCUUCACCAAUCUAACUAGAUUCUUAAUGCUUUGCUCUUUUGUCUUGAAGGAGAAAAAUGCACUGGAUGACUCUGCAGACCUUUUGUACGAAGUGGAGAGCGACGAGGAGCUGGAGAGCAAGAUGCUACAGGUAAUAGUCUGGAUGUCAGUGAGAACGAUGGAUUUCCCCUCUUACGGUACAUUAUCCUUACAGAUGUUAUACAAACCUCUCACCAGUCAGUAUGCCCAUUCUCAAUAAGCCAGUUUGACAUAUUCAAGCACCUUUGAGGUGUGGAUUUCUCUCAUCAACCUUCUCCUUAUAGCAGGCCUGGGUCAAAUAUGUCAAAAAUGUGAAUUUGUUAGUUUGAUUGUUAUCAAAUAUGUAAAAAACGUGAGUUUGUUAGCUCGAUUUUUAUCAAAUACAGUACCAGUCAAAAGUUUGGACACAGUUACUCAUUCAAGGGUUUUUCUUUAUUUGUACUAUUUUCUACAUUGUAUAAUAAUAGUGAAGACAUCAACACUAUGAAAUAACACACAUUGAAUCAUGUAGUAACCAAAAAAAGUGUUAAACAAAUCAAAAUAUAUUUUAUAUUUGAGAUUCUUCAAAUAGCCACCCUUUGCCUUGAUGACAGCUUUGCACACUCUUGGCAUUCUCUCAACCAGCUUCACCUGGAAUGCUUUUCCGACAGUCUUGAAGGAGGUCCCACAUAUGCUGAGCACUUGUUGGCUGCUUUUCCUUCACUCUGUGGUCCGACUCAUCCCAAACCAUCUCAAUUGGUUUGAGGUCGGGGGAUUGUGGAGGCCAGGUCAUCUGAUGCAGCACUCCAUCACUCUCCUUUGUGGUAAAAUAGCCCUUACACAGCCUGGAGGUGUGUUGGGUCAUUGUCCUGUUGAAAAACAAAUGAUAGUCCCACUAAGCCCAAACCAGAUGGGAUGGCGUAUCGCUGCAGAAUGCUGUGGUAGCCAUGCUGGUUAAAUGUGUAUUGAAUUCUAAAUAAAUGACAUACAGUGUCACCAGCAAAGCACCCCCACACCAUAACACCUCCUCCUCCAUGCUUUACAGUGGGAAAUACACAUGCGGAGAUCAUCCGUUCACCCACACUGCGUCUCACAAAGACACGGCGGUUGGAACCAAAAAUAUCAAAUUUGGACUUUAGACCAAAGGACACAUUUCCACCGGUCUAAUGUCCAUUGCUCAUGUUUCUUGGCCCAAGCAGGUCUCUUCUUAUUGGUGUCCUUUAGUAGUGGUUUCUUUGCAGCAAUUCGACCACGAAGGCUUGAUUCACACAGUCCCCUCAGAACAGUUGAUGUUGAUGUGUCUGUGACUUGAACUCUGAAGCAUUUAUUUGGGCUGCAAUUUCUGAGGCUGGUAACACUAAUGAACUUAUCUUCAGCAGCAGAGGUAACUCUGGGUCUUCCAUUCCUGUGGCGGUCCUCAUGAGAGCCAGGUUCAUCAUAGCGCUUGAUGGUUUUUGUGACUGCACUUGAAAUGUUCUGUAUUGACUGACCUUCAUGUCUUAAAGUAAUGAUGGACAGUCGUUUCUCUUUGCUUAUUUGAGCUGUUCUUGCUGUAAUAUGGACUUGGUCUUUUACCAAAUAGGGCUAUGUUCUGUAUACCCCCCCCUACCUUGUCACCACACAACGGAUUGGCUCAAACACAUUAAGAAGGAAAGAAAUUCCACAAAUUAACUUUUAACAAGGCACACCUUUUAAUUGAAAUGCAUUCCAGGUGACUACUUCAUGAAGCUGGUUGAGAGAAUGCCAAGAGUGUGCAAAGCUGUCAUCAAAGCAAAGGGUGGCUAUUUGAAGAAUCUCAAAUAUAAAAUAUAUUUUGAUUUGUUCAACACUUUUUUUGGUUACUACAUGAUUCCAUAUGUGUUAUUUCAUAGUUUUGAUCUCUUCACUAUUAUUCUACAAUGUACAAUUUUUUACAAAUAAAGAAAGACCCUUGAAUGAGUAGGUGUGUCCAAACUUUUGACUGGUAGUGUAUGUCAAAACCGUGAGUUUGUUAGCUUGAUUUUUAGUUUGCCUUGUACAAUUGAACCAAUGGAUUUAUUUAUGUACUGCUUUUAUUUAGCUAGGUAAGUUAUUGAGAACAUAUUUUCUUUUACAAUAACGACGUGACAAUAGAUUAGUUCUGAAAGUACAAGCUCCAAGCUAAAUCAAGUACAUAUUAGACUUUUAAGUAUACUAAAGUAUAUUUGACAUAAGCAUUUGCUCCAGGUCUACUAUUGGUUAAGAACCAGCGCCUUGUGUGAUGAUGUGGUUUGGAUGUUUCUCACGUCAGUGUGUGGAGGAAGUGGAGAGGUUGAGUCAACCGAAGCAACCCCAACCUGAGGAAACCCCCUCUGGCCCUGGUGAUGAGGAGGAUGACGUAGAGGAGCUGGAGGAGGAGGAAGAAGAAGAGUUUGGUACUGAUGGAGCUAUUUCUUAGCUGUUUUAGGUUUCAAAGAUUAUUGUGGAGCAAUACUAAUGGACUGACUGACAAAUAGGCAGCCUUAGAAUCUACUGUAAGUGUAGAAUGAGGAUGCUCUCAGUCUACUGUGUGUCGAUUGAAGUGGAGUGACGGUACGUUAAUAAAAGGAGCUAAUAAUAGCUGACGUUUUCUGCUGUAGGCAGUGGUAAUAGUGGUGAGCCUUUACAGGAAUCCCAUGACCCAUAUUGCCAGCAGAUUAGUCAAAUCAUGCUCUACUCUGUUAAAAAUCAAUACCGACACAGAAACCUAUUCAAAAUCACAUGUCGAGAUAGAUAUAAGCAAUAAGGCCCGACGUUGUGUGGUAUAUGGUCAAUAUACCAUGGCUAAGGACUGUUCUUACAAUAUUGGCCAUAUACCACAAACCCCCGAGAUGCCUUAUUGCUAUUAUAAACUGGUUACCAACGUAAUUAGAACAGUAAAUAGUAAUUUUUGGUCGUACCCAUGGUAUACGGUCUGAUAUACCACGGCUGUCAGCCAAUCAGCAUUCAGGGUUCGAACCGCCCAGUUUAUAAAUAUAUAUUUAACAUAUAGUUAGAUUGUAUUCAGCGGAGCUGUAUUCAUAGAAAUGCGGACAAUAAAAAAGGCACUGUGAUAUACAUUUGCCAUACCGUUUCUAUUUAUGAAUCCAAUUCCCUCUAAGAGUUGGGCUCGUUGCCAACAGCAGGGCUUUAGAAUAGCAGUUUAGGAUUAACCUCCAGUCUCAAAUGUACUCAGGCAGAUGUUAACCUCCAGUCUCGUGUACUCGGGCAGAUGUUAACCUCCAGUCUCGUGUACUCGGGCAGAUGUUAACCUCCAGUCUCAAAUGUACUCGGGCAGAUGUUAACCUCCAGUCUCGUGUACUCGGGCAGAUGUUAACCUCCAGUCUCGUGUACUCGGGCAGAUGUUAACCUCCAGUCUCGUGUACUCAGGCAGAUGUUAACCUCCAGUCUCAAAUGUACUCAGGCAGAUGUUAACCUCCAGUCUCGUGUACUCAGGCAGAUGUGAGUGUGUUUGUGUGUCACAGGCUAUUGAGUUCCUCUUUCCCUCUCUCUACAUCCAGAUCCAUCUCUUCCAGAGCCACUCCCUGAACAAAUCAAAUGUCUAAAGAUGUAUUUUGGACAUAGUCGCUUCAAGCCGUAAGUGUCCCCCCCAUAUGUGUCCCCCCCAUAUGUUCAUGUCACAGCCUAUCAUUUGUCCUUCCUGUAAUUUGUAUGUGAAAGAGAAAUCCCCUCUGUUUCAGAGUACAAUGGAAAGUAAUUCACUCUGUUCUGAAGGAGAGGCGAGAUAACCUUGUUGUCAUGGCAACAGGCAAGUCCCCCCUCCCCACCAUGUUAAGUUAAUUAUGAUUGACUAAGUCCUCAUGGUAAUAUGAGCUGCCUUCUGGAAACAUCCAUAUGGAUGGUAUCGUAUAGUUCCGAUAAUAAAUAGUAGUUCGUAAAUGAAUAUUCCCCAAAGAGGUACAUAGUACAUCUCACAACGAGAAAAAAUAUUGGGCCUUCUGUCAUCCUUUUGUUGUAAUCUGCUGUACCGGAACUAAUACUACUGCUACUGCACUGCCACCUAGUGGGUGCUAUAUUUAUUACUCUGAAAUCUCAACGCACAUUAUUUAAUCAGACCCGUAUGGCAUUUUCUGGAAUUUCAAGGGUACUGGACAUGCAUUUGUAGUUAUAGAUAGCAACAUCUUUCAUUAUUGUGUGACAUCAAAAGGCCGAAUGAGUAUAGUUAAGGAAAAUGUGCUAUCACUUAUUCAAAUAUCUAUUUUAUGUAGUGGAACAUCUUUGGUUAGUAGGUGACAUAAGCAACGUGAUGUACAAUCAAUGAGGAUGUCAGCCAUUGGUAUUCUACUAGCUUAACUAAGUGUUUGUCCAUGUCUCUCUGAAGGCUAUGGGAAAAGCCUGUGCUUCCAGUUCCCCCCAGUGUACUGUGUUGGCAUCAGCAUAGUAAUCUGUCCGCUCAUCGCUCUAAUGGAGGACCAAGUGCUCCAGCUCGAGUGAGUAGCAACAUUUAGCACCAGGAACCUUUAAGAAUACCAUACCUACCAAUGUCAUUUUCUACUCUUAACAUAUUUUGAUUGUCAUAUGUCGUUGAUAUAAAAAAAAAUCUCAUGAGUUUGAUAUUCAAGUGUAGAUUGCUUGUUUUUCCCCAUAUGGUUAUAUAUUGAAAAAUAUGAAAAUGUCAUAUGUUUUGCUGGAGUAGAAGUAUCUGGUAACCAUUAGAGCUCAGCAAUGUUGGUUUUCUUCUGAGUGAAUCAAUAUGUCAUUUUGGGUUAUAGGAGACUCCUAGUCAGCCAGGGGUGCGUUCAGCAGGACAUAACGUUGUGCAACGUGCAGAUAGAAAAACAGCAUGUAGAACAAACGCCCCUCUCUAACAUGUAGAAUAAGGAACCGUGUCAGCUCUAUUCAUGACAUUUCUAUCUGCAGCGUUCCACAACAUUUGGCUACUUAACGAUGCCCAGGUGAGAUCAUGGUGAUGUUCCCCUGCAACAACAUGGCGUUUUCUCUUUAUUUUCCAGAAUGUCCAACAUUCCAGCUUGUUUUCUCGGCUCGGCUCAGACCAAAAAUGUUUUAGCCGGCUUGAAACAGUAAGCCCCUUUUAAAAAAAGAAUUUUACUAAAUAUUUGCCAACUGCUAAAAUAUUACAACUGCAUUGAAGUAUUUUGUUCUUAGUUCGGCCACAACAUGUAGUCGUGAUAUGUCCCUCAAGUGAUGUUUACAUGCACCCUCUCCUCUGUUCUGUCACGAUGUGUAAUAUACUAAGUUUUUCCAGUCGAGGGGUGUUGUGGCCUGAGUGCCUGUCUGUUUGUGCUGUCAUGCCAGUGACGAUGAGAAAUGAAGUUGGCCAGAGCGAACAGAUCUGGGACCAUGCUACCAAUGUUAUAAGUCAGCUCCCAGGCCCACAGUGUAUGUUGGUUUCCAUUUUUGUAAUUUUAGCAGAGACCAAUUCCUACCUAGUUUACCAGCUGUAUGGAUUGUAAAUUGAUCAAUUAAAGUGGCAAUAUGUAACUUCUUGGGCUACCCAAAUUCACAUUAGAAAUGUGAGUUAUAGAUAUAUCAUGCUACUUGAAAGCAAGUCUAAGAAGAGGUAGAUCUGUUCUAUAUGCGGCAUUUCUAUGGUUCCCGUUCUUAAGUUUUAGUUUUUGCGUCUUUCACUUUCAGUUUUGUACACCAGCUGAAACAACAAUAUAUUUGGUUAUGGAAAAUAUAUUUCACAGCGGUUUAUAUGGUACAAUGAUUCUCUACACUAUACUAUCUUAUUUUGUCACAUAAACUGAAAUUAGGCGAACUAUUAGAGUUUUAGCAACCAGGAAAUGGCGGAGCGAUUUCUGCAUAGUGCAAUUUUAAGACUAAACAACAACUAGCAGGACUGUGGAACUGGAAAGCCUGAGUGUUGCAACCCCUGCUAUAACUAUGUACCAACGAGGCAGAAAAUAACAUGACCCUAUUCUGUCUUUAGGGGGCAAUACAGAGUUGUGUACAUGACCCCGGAAUACUGCUCAGGCAAUGUAUCUCUACUCGAACAGCUCGAUAGAAGUAUAGGUGAGUGAGGUCUUCAUGACUCUCUUUUUAAAUAGAUCUCCUUACACAUUUAUACAGAUAUACUCAAUUUUCUCAAGCCUUGUCUUUUAUACAUUUAGCAGUGAGAAUAUCGCUGGUGUAGGAACUGAUGGAGGUGUUUCCCAAAAACAUAAAAAUCAUCUUUAGAACUAAGAUUAUCUUAAGUUCAAUGGAGGAAAAAUAAUUUUUAUACUAAAGAUAAUCUUUAUGUUUUGGGGAAAACUCACCCCAGAAUUGUUAUUUAUCUCUGCAUUCUGCCGUGCCUGUCCUGCAGGAAUCUCUUUGAUAGCUGUGGAUGAGGCUCAUUGUAUCUCUGAGUGGGGCCAUGACUUCAGAGGUGCAUACAGGAGUCUGGGAAACCUGAAGAGAAGUCUACCUAACGUAAGGACAUUUGUCUCUCAUUGCAAACAUCACAGGCAGCCAUCAUCUUAAACAAUAUGUAACCAAUUACGGGCAAUCCUCUGCCAUAAUUCUUAUAUAGUCAUGUCAUAAUGAGGACAUCACAGAUGUCGCAUAACAAUAAUGCUAUGUAUCAUGGACAGUUGGCAAAAGCUGAUGUCCUUCAUUCUUAUGAUACCCUUAUGAUGGAGGUGUCAAGUGAAAGUAUUACCAAGAUUGUGAACGACUGUGUUUUGUGUUCAGGUUCCCAUCGACUGUGUUCUGUGUUCAGGUUCCCAUCGACUGUGUUCUGUGUUCAGGUUCCCAUCGACUGUGUUCUGUGUUCAGGUUCCCAUCGACUGUGUUCUGUGUUCAGGUUCCCAUCGACUGUAUUCUGUGUUCAGGUUCCCAUCGACUGUGUUCAGGUUCCCAUGGACUGUGUUCUGUGUUCAGGUUCCCAUGGACUGUGUUCUGUGUUCAGGUUCCCAUCGACUGUGUUCUGUGUUCAGGUUCCCAUGGACUGUGUUCUGUGUUCAGGUUCCCAUCGACUGUAUUCUGUGUUCAGGUUCCCAUCGACUGUGUUCAGGUUCCCAUCGACUGUGUUGUGUGUUCAGGUUCCCAUCGACUGUGUUCAGGUUCCCAUCGACUGUCUUCUGUGUUCAGGUUCCCAUCGACUGUGUUCAGGUUCCCAUCGACUGUGUUCUGUGUUCAGGUUCCCAUCGACUGUCUUCUGUGUUCAGGUUCCCAUCGACUGUGUUCAGGUUCCCAUCGACUGUAUUCUGUGUUCAGGUUCCCAUCGACUGUGUUCAGGUUCCCAUCGACUGUGUUGUGUGUUCAGGUUCCCAUCGACUGUGUUGUGUGUUCAGGUUCCCAUCGACUGUGUUCAGGUUCCCAUCGACUGUCUUCUGUGUUCAGGUUCCCAUCGACUGUGUUCAGGUUCACAUCGACUGUGUUCAGGUUCACAUCGACUGUGUUCAGGUUCACAUCGACUGUGUUCUGUGUUCAGGUUCCCAUUGUGGCGCUUACGGCCACUGCCAGCCCUUCCAUCAGGGAGGACAUAGUGAAGAGUCUGAACCUGGAGCGGCCCAUCGUCACCUGCACCUCCUUUGACCGGCCCAACCUCUACCUGGACGUCAACCGCAAGUCUGGGGGCGUGUUUCAGGACAUGAAUGGCUUCCUGAAGAAGACCACCGGGUAGGGCUAUAUAUUAAUUGCUUAUAGGUCAAUAUAUAUUUAGGUCCAUAUACUAAAUUAAGGUUUAAUAAUAUAUUUAAGUAGACCUAGUUAUAUUAUGUUGGUUUUUAAUACAGUAUAUGUACUGUGUAUACAGUACAUUCGGAACGUAUUCAGACCACUUGACUUUUUCCACAUUUUGUUACGUUUCAGCCUUAUUCUAAAAUGGAUUAAAUAAAUAAAAAUCCUCAUCAAUCUAUACAAAACCUUAUUUACGUAAGUAUUCAUACCCUUUGCUAUGACACUCGAAACUCAGGUACAUCCUGUUCCAUUGAUCAACCUUGAGAUGGUUCUCCAACUUGAUUGGAGUCCACCUGUGGUAAAUUCAAUUGAUUGGACAUGAUUUGGAAAGGCACACACCUGUCUAUAUAAGGUCAAACAGUUGACAGUGCAUGUCAGAGCAUAAACCGAGCCAUGAGGUCGAAGGAAUUGUCCGUAGAGCUCCGAGACAGGAUUGUGUCGAGGCACAGAUCUGGGGAUGGGUACCAAAAAAUGUCUGCAGCAUUGAAGUUCCCCAAGAACACAGUGGCCUCCAUCAUUCUUAAAUGGAAGAAGUUUGGAACCACCAAGACUCUUCCGCCUGGCCAAACUGAGCAAUAGGGGGAGAAGGGCCUUGGUCAGGGAGGUGACCAAGAACCCGAUGGUCACUCUGACAGAGUUUCAGAGUUCCUCUGUGGAGAUGGGAGAACCUUCCAGAAGGACAACCAUCUCUGCAGCACUCCACCAAUCAGGCCUUUAUGGUAGAGUGGCCAGACGGAAGCAACUCCUCAGUAAAAGGAACAUGACAGUCCGCUUGGGGUUUGCCAAAAGGUACCUAAAGGACUCAGACCAUGAGAAACAAGAUUCUCUGGUCUGAUGAAACCAAGAUUGAACUCUUUGGCCUGAAUGCCAAGCGUCACGUCUGGAGGAAACCUGGCACCAUCUCUACGGUGAAGCAUGGUGGUGGCAGCAUCAUGCUGGGGGGAUGUUUUCCAGCGGCAGUGACUGGGAGACUAGUAAGGAUCGAGGGAAAGAUGAACGGAGCAAAGUACAGAGAGAUCCUUGAUGAAAACCUGCUCCAGAGCGCUCAGGACCUCAGACUGGGGCGAAGGUUCGCCUUCCAACAGGACAAUGACCCUAAGCACACAGCCAAGACAAUGCAGGAGUGGCUUCGGGACAAGUCUCUGAAUGUCCUUGAGUGGCCCAGCCAGAGCCCGGGCUUGAACCUGAUCUAACAUCUCUGGAGAGACCUGAAAAUAGCUGUGCAGCGACGCUCCCCAUCCAACCUGACAGAGCUUGAGAGGGUCUGCAGAGAAGAAUGGGAGAAACUCCCCAAAUACAGCUGUGCCAAGCUUGUAGCGUCAUACCCAAGAAGACUCGAGGCUGUAAUCGCUGCCAAAGGUGCUUCAACAAAGUACUGAGUAAGGAGUCUGAAUAUGUAAAUGUGAUAUUUGUUUAAUUAAAAAAAAAUUACAACUGUUUUUGCUUUGUCAUUAUGGGGUAUUGUGUGUAGAUUGAUGGGGGAGGAAAAAACAAUUUAAUCCAUUUUAGAAUAAGGCUGUAAUGUAACAAAAUGUAGAAAAAGUCAACGGGUCUGAAUACUUUCCGAAUGCACUAUAUGCUUUUGGGAAUAUUGGUGAAUAUGGAGCCAGCUUUUAUCAUAAUAAUGAUAUUAAUAUCCAUGUUUUGUUUGUAUAGGAAAAUAUGACAUCCAAUGUCUUUGAGCAGAUGCUGGAUAUAAAAAUAUAUUCGAUAGAUGAUAAAAAGAGACUCGGCACACUGCAGUCUGUCCUCCCACGUGGUUGGUGACAACAUCUCCACCAAUUAGAUCAAAAUGGUCAUUUCUUUGUCUCAUUUGCUGUCGGCUAUUUCAGGGGGGAUUAUGAGUUUGAAGGUUCCUCCAUUGUGUACUGCCCCUCGCGGAAAGAGGCUGAGCGUGUGACCUCCACUCUGACCUCGCUGGGCGUCACGUGUGGUGUGUACCACGCUGGUCUGGGCAUCAAACAGAGGAGGGAGACCCAGCAUCGCUUCAUGAGGGAUGAAAUCCAGGUGUGUUUUAAAUCUUUAAGAAACAAAACAAAUAUUUAAAAUGAAAUCCAGGUGGAUUAGCUUUAUUGCUAUAAUGUGUAGAUAUUGAUAGAAGCGAAAAAAAAUAUGCCACAUUUAGUUGAAUGUGUCUCUUCUUUCCAAAUAUAAAUUUGUUUGCGGUACUUUGCAAAUUCUAUACAGGCAUGAAAACACAUAAAAAACAACAUUGUUCACCCUGGUAUGCAAGCAUACUUAAAUGGUUUUGUUAAUUGUUUUCAGUGUAUCGUGGCUACAGUUGCUUUUGGAAUGGGGAUCAAUAAAGCUGACAUCAGGAAGGUCAUCCAUUAUGGAGCUCCUAAGGAGAUGGAGUCCUACUACCAGGAGAUUGGACGUGCUGGGAGAGAUGGACUUCCAAGUGCCUGCCACGUCCUGUGGGCACCAGCGGAUCUGCAAUUAAACAGGUCACUCUUUUUUGUGAUGAUGUUAUGGGAAUGUUUUUUUAAUGUAAAAAAAUAUAUAUCUUUCAUAGAUGGUAGACAACAAGACACAGUGAUAUAUAUAUAUAUAUAUAUUAAUAAUAAUAAUAAUAAUACUGUCUGUCUUGGCAUGAAGCCUUCAGAGAGUUCAGAUUAGUGAAACUCAGACCUGAACUGAGUCUUUUGUUGUUCUGUACAGGUUUCUCAUCAACCAGGUAGCAAACAACAGAUUCCGGGGCUACAAGCUCAAAAUGAUGGGCAAAAUGGACCUGUAUCUCAACUCAUCCAAGUGCAGAAGGAAGUAAGUCUUGUUCCUGUUCAGUCUUGUUCCUGUUCAGUCUUGUUCCAUAGUGAGGAAUGAUAAAUGUUUUAGGUACAUAUAAGUAUAUUGUGUCAAUAGCUACCUAUAUUCAACGUAUUGCUUCACAUUUCAUUUCUCUUUAGGCUGAUCCUCUCCCACUUUGAAGACAAACAGCUUCGAAAGGUGACCUCAGGCAUCAUGGGAACUGACCAGUGCUGUGACAACUGCCGCUCUGGGUGGGUGUUUUGCCAGCAAUUUUCUAUUCUGUUCUAUUCUAUUCUAUGUACAAAAAUUAAUGUUAUUUUAGCUCAACAUAACAUGCACUGUUUACUGGGUUCUAUUUCAACCAUCUUUGGAUUCUAUUAGAUCACCCAUUGGGAAUGUGUGUGUGUUUUCAGGGCGGUGAACAGAGUCAGUGUAAAUGACACAGUGGACGGUGGGCGUCAGGACUACGGUGUGUUGGCAUUCCAGCUGAUUGGAGCCGUCAGUGCUAUGGGGGAGAGAUUUGGCUCCACAGCCCCCAUCCUGUUCCUCCGUGGAUCUGUGAGUCUGAGAGUGUUGGGCUGGGUCAUGUUCAUUAGGGCAUACUGGAACAAAACAGAAAAAUGAAAAUGAGCGUGUCUUAUUGGACAAGUCCAGGUAGUCCUUCCCUGUUUCAGUUAGUUUGGUGCCUAAUGAACAUUACAUUGACAUUUUAGUCAUUUAGCAGACGCUCUUAUCCAGAGUGACUUACAUGAGCAAUUAGGGUUAAGUGCCUUGCUUAAGGGCACAUCGACAGAUUUUUCACCUAAUCGGCUCGGGUAUUAGAACCAGCGACCUUUUGGUUACUGGCACAACGCUCUUACCCACUAAGCUACCUGCCGCCCUGUUCUUCUUCUUCCAGUACUCUCAGAGGGUUCCCGAGAAGUACCGGUGCCACGCUCUGUUUGGAGUGGGGAAGAGUGUCUCUGAGGCCUGCUGGAAAGCCCUGUCACGGGAGCUGGUGAAUGAGGAAUACCUGAAGGAAGCCACCGGCACCAGCAAGUUCUGCACCCUCUGUAAAAUCACCCCCAAGGUACGACAUAACAUAACAUAUAUCACAACAUAACAUAUCACAACAUUACACUACAUAACACUACACAACACAACAUAUCACAGCAUAACAUAACAUAUCACAACAUAACAUAACAGUAUAUUUUAUUCUACUGUCUCAGGACUGUUUCUUAGACUGGAAUCAGUUAUUUUGGAAACCUGGUGGUAGUGUAAAUGUGAUGUCUUUGACUGUUUUGACAAUUGUUGAUUAAGCCAAAACAAUGUGUUUAUGGCUGACAUUUAUUUCUAAGCAUACUGCCUGGAGAAAUGAAGUGAAGGAAGCAUGUUAGCUGUUCCUGAGGGGACCACUACGUUACUAGUUACUACAGUGUUAUAUCUAUUAUAUGUGUCUUAUUCAGGGUUCAAUUCCAUUUCAAUAUAUCAUUCUUAUUCAAAGGGGAGGUGGUGGCUGGGCCAAGCCCUGGAUGAGAAACAGAGAACCCUCCUGCUCCAGUCGAGUGACGGCGACCUCAACACCUGGUCUGCACUAAGGUAUACCCUCCGUAGUACACACUACGUAGUACACACUACUACAUUCUACUGCUACUUAGUGUGCACACUCAUUAAAGAGAGAACACACUCAUUAAAGAGAGAACACAAGUGCCUUUAAAUCGGGACGGCUUUGAAAGGCUCUCAUCUGGGUCGUGUUCAUUAGGGCACACCGUAGCGAAACAUUUUGCAAGAGAAAACCAAAAUGAGUGUUUCUUAUUGGACAUGUUCAGAUAGUAUGUCCCUGUUUCACUCAGUUUCAGACCGUUUUCUUUUAAUUUGUGCCUUGUGAACGCAACCCUGUUCUAGCCUGGCUUAGCUUCCAAAGUGUUAAUUUGGUUAUGUAAUUAUAUUAAGUCCUAUUCGCACGGGACUAGUAUUACUAGAGAACGAUGGUUAUGUAAUUAUUCCUACCCCAGAAUGUUCGUUAUUUCAGAGGACGAUUCGGACGGGAUUAGUCUUUUCCAAACUGCCUGCUGUAAUUUUAAUUUUUUUAACCUUUAUGACGGAAGCCUGGAGGUUUUAAUUCUAGGUGUGAGGAUAUUUCAACAUGUCCAGGCGAUAACAGGCAACACGACAGUUAUUCGAGCUUGGUUCCAAAGUUUCUAAACCAUAACAAAACAAUCUUUGGUAUAGUGUCUCAAUCAGUAGCGGUGCGUGGGUAAAAUCAAUGGUGAAGCCAAGCCAGGGAGAAAAAAGCCAUAUUACAACCUAUGUGUGUGAUAAUUGUGUUGUUUUCUGCUCUAUAACCUGUUAGUUCAUACGCCACUGUUCUAUAUAAAGCCAAGACAACAGGCAGAAUAAAUUCAACCACACAUGCGUUUGUUUCAUCACAAAACCAGAUGGCAACGUCUGUCUGAAGUCCACAAAGUAUAUUGCUAUGUCGAUUCGCACGGGACUAUAUUCAGAGGACCUUGGAGUUAAUCGAAAAACAGUAGUUUUUUUCGGCUGGAAUUAUUGCUCUCCUGCUAUGUAAAAAUGACCCACAUGGCAGAUUUGGACCGGACUUAAACGACGGAUGUGGUGAUUUGUGCUCGUGCACAUAAUUACAUGACCCUAUCUCCGCCCCCCCCCCCCCCCCCCCAGUAAAACAAAUCCUGUGCGAAUAGGCCUAUAGGAGCAACCAGCUGUUGCCACACAUCAACAAAACAGUUUGAAAAAACAUCAAAGAGAUCAAAGUUAACACAACGUUGAGGUGCCAAAUUGGGUAAUGUCUGCUGGCAUUUGGCAUGAAAUGUUUUAGAACACCUACUCAUUCAAGGGUUUUUCUUUAUUUGUACUAUUUUCUACAUUGUAGAAUAAUAGUGAAGACAUCAAAACUAUGAAACAAAUUCUUAAAAGUUAAUUUGUGGAAUUUCUUUCCUUCUUAAUGUGUUUGAGCCAAUCAGUUGUGUUGUGACAAGAUGGGGAUGGGGGGGGGGGUCCUUAUUAUGGCAGGAACAUCAUUACUUUAAGACAUUAAGGUCAGUCAAUCCGGAACAUUUCAAGAACUUUGAAUGUUUCUUCAAGUGCAGUCGCAAAAAACAUCAAGCGCUAUGAUGAAACUGGCUCUCAUAAGGACCGCGACAGGAAUGGAAGACCCAGAGUUACCUCUGCUGCAGUGGAUAAGUUCAUUAGAGUUACCAGCCUCAGAAAUUGCAGCCCAAAUAAAUGCUUCACAGAGUUCAAGUAACAGACACAUCUCAACAUCAACUGUUCAGAGAAGACUGUGUGAAUCAGGCCUUCAUGGUUGAAUUGUUGCAAAGAAACCACUAUUAAAGGACACCAAUAAGAAGAAGAGACUUGCUUGGGCCAAGAAACACGAGCAAUGGACAUUAGACCAGUGGAAAUGUGUCCUUUGGUCUGGAGUCCAAAUUGGAGAUUGUUGGUUCCAACCGCCGUGUCUUUGUAAGACGCAGUGUUGGUGAACGGAUGAUCUCCGCAUGUGUAGUUCCCACCGUAAAGAAUGGAGGAGGAGGUGUUAUGGUGUGGGGGUGCUUUGCUGGUGACACUGUAUGUGAUUUAUUUAGGAUUCAAGGCACACUUAACCAGCAUGCCUACCACAGCAUUCUGCAGCUUUACGCCAUCCCAUCUGGUUUGGGCUUAGUGGGACGAUCAUUUGUUUUUCAACAGGACAAUGGCCCAACACACCUCCAGGCUGUGUAAGGGCUAUUUGACCAAGAAGGAGAGUGAUGGAGUGCUGCAUCAGAUGACCUGGCCUCCACAAUCGCCCGACCUCAACCCAAUUGAGAUGGUUUGGGAUGAGUCGGACCGCAGAGUGAAGGAAAAGCAGCCAACAAGUGCUCAGCAUAUGUGGGAACUCCUUCAAGACUGUUGAAAAAGCAUUCCAGGUGAAGCUGGUUGAGAGAAUGCUGAGAGUGUGCAAAGCUGUCAUCAAAGCAAAGGGUGGCUAUUUAAAGAAUCUGCACAUUGAUCUGGUACAGGUACUCCCUGUAUAUAGCUGCACAUUGAUCUGGUACUGGUACUCCCUGUAUAUAGCUGCACAUUGAUCUGGUACAGGUACUCCCUGUAUAUAGCUGCACAUUGAUCUGGUACUGGUACUCCCUGUAUAUAGCUGCACAUUGAUCUGGUACUCCCUAUAUAUAGCUGCACAUUGAUCUGGUACUGGUACUCCCUGUAUAUAGCUGCACAUUGAUCUGGUACUCCCUAUAUAUAGCUGCACAUUGAUCUGGUACUGGUACUCCCUGUAUAUAGCUGCACAUUGAUCUGGUACAGGUACUCCCUGUAUAUAGCUGCACAUUGAUCUGGUACUGGUACUCCCUGUAUAUAGCUCCACAUUGAUCUGGUACUGGUACUCCCUGUAUAUAGCUGCACAUUGAUCUGGUACUCCCUGUAUAUAGCUGCACAUUGAUCUGGUACUGGUACUCCCUGUAUAUAGCUGCACAUUGAUCUGGUACUGGUACUCCCUGUAUAUAGCUCCACAUUGAUCUGGUACUGGUACUCCCUGUAUAUAGCUGCACAUUGAUCUGGUACAGGUACUCCCUGUAUAUAGCUCCACAUUGAUCUGGUACAGGUACUCCCUGUAUAUAGCUCCACAUUGAUCUGGUACUGGUACUCCCUGUAUAUAGCUGCACAUUGAUCUGGUACUGGUACUCCCUGUAUAUAGCUGCACAUUGAUCUGGUACUGGUACUCCCUGUAUAUAGCUCCAUUCUUGUGUAUUUUAUUCCUCUUGUUACUAUUUUCACGGUUAAGUCUACACCAGGUUUAUUCGGCGCAUUUGACAAAUAAAAUUAGAUUAUUUUAUUAGAUUUGAAAAAGAGCUGUAACUCUAGACGACUUUUGUAUAUUCUGUUCCAUAAUGACAUGUUUAUAAUAUUGAGUGUAAUUCCCGAUUUUCCAGGCUUUGGGAAAGGGAAGUUAUUUGGGAUUAUUAGUGUGUGUGUGGUGCAGACGCCAUGCCUUUGGAAUGUCAUCAGCUUGUCAGCAUCCCUGAGAGCUAUGUGGCGGAGGUUAGUGCAGCCAAAGCAUUAUUUUGUAACUCCCUUGUUCUUGACAAGGCCUCCAUAUUCUUCCCUGGCUCCACCAUCCUGCAGCUGUUUGCUUUAAAUGAGUGUGAAAUGGUGCAAAUCGCCAACGUGAUAUGGCUCCCGGACGUAUCAACGUGUCGGCUUUGAUAUCUUCUUCCUCUCAGUUUCAAAGCUCUCACUCGCUCACUCACUCACAUGUUUUCUUUGGCUUCCAGUCAAGUUCUGCCCUUGACUUUCUUUACGUUGUACAGUUCAGUCAUUCAGUAGACGCUCACUCUUAGAGCUACUUACAUUGGCUGGGUUAUUUUUGUUGCUGUGUUCUGUUUCAUCCUAACAGAAGAGUGAUCAAUGAUCAAAUGCCUCAAAAUGCAAAGCUCUAUAAACAUGUUGAAUUUUUUAAUUGAAAUGUCAUCUUAUAUCUGUCGUCUUGUACUGAAUGUGCUGUGUACUCAGUGGUGAGUAGUCAUUCAGGAAAUGUUGUCACCCCAGUACAAAAAGCUCUGUGUGUGCAUCUGAUUUCAGACGAAAGCAGAACGCUGCAGCCUCCACCACUAAUGCCCCUGACAGACAGUAUUCGACCUCUCUGGUGAGUGUGUUAUGGAGGUUUGGUACGGAAAGAAUGACUAGCCUCUACCACUUCUGUUUUUGCAGAUCGGAUUAUUUGGUCCCACUUUAAACGAAGUACAACUUAUAAAGGCUUUAUAAAGCAUACAUAAAGGCUUCAUAAGCACUACAUAAAUGCUUCACAAAUCAUCUAAAAGCGUAUGUCGUACUCUAUAAAUGGUGUGUAAAGGGUGACCAAUCAUUCCCACUGAAGGGUGAGCUGCCAAAUGUGACAUAACACACUAUGUAUGUAUGUACACCAUUUCUAAAGUAUGACAUGCACUUAUAGAUGAUUUGUAAAGCGUUUAUGUAGUGCUUAUGACGCCUUGAUGUAUGCUUUUAUAAAGCCUUUAUAAGUUGUACUUAGUUUAAAGUGGGGACAAUUUAUGUUUGUAACACUUAAGUGCCAACUGAAAUACUUUUUCCUGCAACAUUACUAUUGAAGUGCAUACUAUUACUAUUAUAUACGAUCAAUGAUCAAUAAGUGUUUAAUUUGUCCUGCCUCUCCACAGAACAACGGGUUAAAUGUCAAUUCUAGGCCAGUCAACAGCAAAUCUACCCAGAGGUCGGUCAUGUCAUCUAGCAGGUAUGAAGAGGUUGAUGUCGAGAAUAGAGGACAUGACAUUUGCCCAUUUAUGUGUACUUAGUUUGUUGAGGUCUAAUGUCCUAAUGUGAAACCUCUGAAACAACACCACAAUAGGUGAAUAUUUCAAUAAAAGUGUACUGUUUCCCAGACACCGAUUUUAAGUCUUGGACUAAAAAGCCCUUUCAAUGGAACUCUUCCAUUUGAGAAUGCUUUUUAGUUCAAGGCUUAAUCUGUGUUUUGGAAUCCAGCCAUUAGGUUAUAGGAAGAUAUGAAUUCUGGAGUCUGAUGGCUUUUCAUCACAUAUUUUUUAUGACAGGACGCCAACCAAGUUCCUGACCCAGGUGGCGGUGCCCAAACCACAGCCAGCCCCCGUCUCCGCCAGAGAGCUUGAACUGCAGGUAGAGUCAACAGAAAAAGAAUCCAUACUGCCUUUAAGAUGCACUCUAUUUGAUGAAACCAGUCAAUUCAAUAAAUCUUUAUUGUCCCCAGAAGGUAAUUUGAUUGCAGUGACACACAUCACAUUUGCGCAAACACUGGCAGACAAAAGAAAGGAAUACAAAAGACAUAAUAUGGAGAACACUUACAUACAGGAUCAUUGUUCAUAAUAAGUAACAAGUCCCCAUCAAUGUGCUGCCUCCCAUAUAAAUAUAUGCUGUGAAUCAUGAUCUCGCAGAGCCUCUCUUGUUUCAGUGUAAUUCCAGAUUGGGAUUAAUAAGAAAAGCAGCCUUCUCGUAUGCUGCCUAUAGCUCAUUGCAUUACACGUCAGCAUGUGUUGAUUCUUGCUGAUUUUCCUGUCUUGUAAAUAUCUCUCAUGUGUUGAUUCUUGCUGAUUUUCCUGUCUUGUAAAUAUCUCUGUCAUGUGUUGAUUCUUGCUGAUUUUCCUGUCUUGUAAAUAUCUCUGUCAUGUGUUGAUUCUUGCUGAUUUUCCUGUCUUGUAAAUAUCUCUGUCAUUUGUUGUUCCGUAGACGGUGUUGUAUGCCAAGCUGGUUGCUGAACGACAGAAACUGGCCAGUGAGAAGGACAUCCCACCAGCCAUACUGGCCACCAACAAGAUCCUCCUGGAUAUGGCCAAGAUUAGGUACAGUGUGUCCUUAGUUCAUGGUGUCUGCUUCCCUGCAUGGUGACUCACUUCGUCUUGUUCACUUUUCAGGAAUCAGUAGUCAUAAUUAGGGUUUUUCAGGAAUCGGUAGUCAUAAUUUGGGUUUUUUCUGACCAUGUGAUCUAACCAGGAAAACUCCUGGUCCUAGUGAUAUACAUGUUUAAUAUGCCCACAAUGUGGAUGUGUUCUUUUCUAAAUGUAAUGUAUGUUCUCAACUUCAUUGUUUACAGUGUUAUCUGUAUUCCUGUAUGUUGCUUCCUGUAUGAUACUCCUGCCUUAUGAAAUCAGAAAAGAGGUUCUGCGAUAGACUAGCAUCCUGUCCAGGGGGUGUACUUGUACAUCAACCUGCCUCACUACAGAAACAGGAGAUGGACUAGUGUCCUGUCCAGGGGGUGUACUUGUACAUCAACCUGCCUCACUACAGAAACAGGAGAUAGACUAGUGUCCUGUCCAGGGGGUGUACUUGUACAUCAACCUGCCUCACUACAGAAACAGGAGAUAGACUAGCGUCAUGUCCAGGGGGUGUACUUGUACAUCAACCUGCCUCACUACAGAAACAGGAGAUAGACUAGUGUCCUGUCCAGGGGGUGUACUUGUACAUCAACCUGCCUCACUACAGAAACAGGAGAUAGACUAGUGUCCUGUCCAGGGGGUGUACUUGUACAUCAACCUGCCUCACUACAGAAACAGGAGAUAGACUAGUGUCCUGUCCAGGGGGUGUACUUGUACAUCAACCUGCCUCACUACAGAAACAGGAGAUAGACUAGUGUCCUGUCCAGGGGGUGUACUUGUACAUCAACCUGCCUCACUACAGAAACAGGAGAUAGACUAGUGUCCUGUCCAGGGGGUGUACUUGUACAUCAACCUGCCUCACUACAGAAACAGGAGAUAGACUAGUGUCCUGUCCAGGGGGUGUACUUGUACAUCAACCUGCCUCACUACAGAAACAGGAGAUAGACUAGUGUCCUGUCCAGGGGGUGUACUUGUACAUCAACCUGACUCACACUACAGAAACAGGCUCCUGCACUAUGGGCCGUUCUGGCUCGGACAAGGCUUACUUACUUACUUACUUACUUACUUACCUACAUUCAUUUACAUUUUAGUCAUUUAGCAGACGCUCUUAUCCAGAGCGACUUACAGUUAGUGAGUGCAUACAUUAUUAUUAUUAUUAUUAUUAUUAUUAUUAUUAUUAUUAUAUAUAUAUAUUUAUUUUAUACUGGCCCCCCGUGGGAAUCGAACCCACAACCCUGGCGUUGCAAACUGAGCUACAUCCCUGCCGGCCAUUCCCUCCCCUACCCUGGACGACGCUGGGCCAAUUGUGCGCCGCCCCAUGGGGUCUCCCGGUCGCGGCCGGCUACGACAGAGCCUGGAUUCGAACAAGGAUCUCUAGUAGCACAGCUAGCACUGCGAUGCAGUGCCUUAGACCACUGUGCCCAUACUUACGUACUUACUUAUAAACAGUUUAAUUACAGUAGUUUAUUAAUUGUACUUAACAAUAAUAUUUACCUCUCAAUGGAAGACAUUGUGAUUGUUGAAAGAAAAAGAAGGUAGCCGCAGCACAAUCGCUCAGAUUUACAUUUGACAUUUUAGUUAUUUUAGCAGAGUGACAUACAGGAGCAAUUAGGGUUAAGUGCCUUGCUCAAGGGCACAUCAACAGAUUAUUCACCUAGUCGGCUCGGAGAUUCGAACAAGCGAACUUUCGGUUACUGGUCCAAUGCUCUUGGGAGCGGUGUUUGGUCCACGGUCUGUUCUGGGAGCGGUGUCUCAUCCACAGUCUGUUCUGGUGGUCAUUGCAGCUUGUAUUUCCUGGAAAAGUUACCCAGCGCUGUGAUGGUAUCCACCUGCAUGGCCAGGUUCCUGGGUGGCCAGAGGUGGAAGCAGUUCCUGGUUGGGUCCUGAGCCUGUCUUCCGUUUGCGGGCUGAAUGAUGGCCUCCCUGGUUCUCACCUGGUGGGUGUUAUUCAACCUACACUUCCAAUAAGGCCUGGUCUCUUGCUGGGCCACACUGGGUGUAGGGACUGGUUCCUGGGCUGGAGUUUUAAUCGUUUCCUGGGCCUCUAUUCCUUGCAGUGGUCAAGUGGUGGUCAUGACUGUGGUCUUGUAUAGCUGAAGAGCUAUAUCUACCACUAAAUCCAUGCUAUGUGUAGGGACUGGUUCAUAGGCCUGGGUUUGAGUCAGUUCCAGGGUCUUUCUGGUUCUCUGGUGGUGGGUGGUCUAGCAGUGGUCAAGGACAAAAUUGCCCAGGUCAGUAAAGAAGUGCUGGCCCAUUGUUUGGACACCAUGGGAGGCAUCAGGGUGUCCUGGACAACCUCUAGAGCUGGAGGCUUGGUCUUGAUGACCUCCAACAGGACAAUGAAGAAAAAAUAUUUGUAUCGUAAAUCUGGAAAUCAUUUUUAAAAGCACUGAAAUUGCAGAGCAAAACACAGCGAGAAAGUUGAAUUGUGAGACUUUGUCAUGUUUGUGAUUAUAUUAGGCAUUAGUUAACCCGGGGGUGGGGUUCUAAUAAGCUAUAUGGAAUUGUUUUAAGAAAUUCGUACCAAGGAUAAAUUUGCUAUUUGAUUUUGAAUUUUAAGAUCCCUUGAAGUAUAAAAAAUAUAUAUAAAACAAUUAUUUGAUGAAACAUUUUAUUUGGCCUUACUGCCAUUAGCCCAUACAAACACAUUGAAUAACAGAUUCACUACAUGGAACAACAGAUAGUCCUUACUGCUAUUAGCCCAUACAAACGCAUUGAAUAACAGAUUCACAUGCUGUUAACACAUGACGUAAACCCAAAAUAACAUUAUAAUAUUAGAGGCAUCAUGUGGCUAUGGAGGCAUGGGAAGUCCUAUAAAUUAUAAUUCAUGACUUCAUUGUCAAUCUACUUGAUUUCUCACUUGUGGAGAGAUAUUGUGCAUAAUAUGCAAAUUUAUCCGCCAUUUACGGUUCUCCCUCCCCCGAUUCCCUCCACUCCCUCUUCCAUAGAACCUUAUAAGUGAUCAACUCUGGGAUAGAAAAUGCGGACAAAGGGGAUAGAUUUAGGGGGACAUGUAGAUUGCAGGUAAACAAAGCUGGUGGUCAAAACAGGUCACAGCCAUGCUGUCCUACCAAGCAAAAAGGCAGUAACUGCUCAUUUGAUCGAAAAUGAGUUAGUCAUUUUUGCAACAUUAAAUACCUGCUUAAUCAUGUGGACAAGUAUCCUGCCUCUAUUGAAUUGUGUUUUGGAGAAAAUGGGGGUCAUGUUAGCAGUAACUGCAUAAGGUUACUGUGAAACCAGGGUAAAUAAAAGCCAUUUUCCUCAGUUCCACGCUAUGAGCAGGUACUGCCCUUUUGCUUGGGAGGGUAGCACAGGCCUCCCUGGUGCUUUGGCCAGAUCUGUGUUCAUACCGAUAUGUCAUUAUCAUUUAACAUGCUUCUGUAUUAAAAUAACUACUAGUGAGUAAUAAUCUCUUUUUUAAAUGUAUUAAUCCUAAAAUGUUACCAUUGAACAAUAGAAAAUAGUAAACAAAUUCAGUAUACUGUUUGCUAAUUGAUGAUGACCAUGGUGUUUUGCAGGCCGUGCACUGUGUCCAGUCUGAAGCAGGUGGAUGGUGUCUCUGAGGCAAAGUCCAGCAUGCUUGCACCCCUCCUCAAAACCAUAGCAAGUUUUUGUGAGCUUCACAAGCUGAAGGUAAGGCAUGCCCAUAAUUGAGACUGGCAUAGGCUAUGAUUCGACUAUCAUAAACCAUAAAUGAAUCCUACAUAAUCCAUGAUCAUAACAAUUGGCGUCAUUAUUUCUGCUGCGUUUUCCCAGAUCCUAUUACCAACAGCAUGGUAAACAACACAUCGGCUGGUAUUUGUACCGGGUGUUGUUCAUCAAUGCUACGUUCAACAAUGUGCUGAACUCUUGUCUGUUGUCCAGGUGGACCCCUGGACUCUUGCUGCAGCCCCAGGUCCAGACAGCAGUAUGGUGACGGUGACCGGGAGGCCCUCCUCUCUACCCAACAGUAUUGCCAUCACCUACAGACUCUUCCAGGAGGAGGGCAAGAGCAUGGUUAGAGAGCCCUGUUUAGUCGUGUCUACAUGAAAUGGCUGUCCGGUGUUAUUUAUUUCACACUACCGUACCAAUCAGAAGCAUAUUGUGCUGGCUGGGAGAUUUUCUUUCCACAUGAUCCUUUCCCCUACGGUUUCUGCAACUAUGGUGGAUGUGUAACCAGGCCAGUGCAGUACGGCUCGGCUUGGUUUGGUGUAAAAAAAUACAUAAAUAUUUUCAAUUUAGGGCUGUAUUAAAAUUUGAUAUACGUACACCAGCACAACUCAAACAUGCAUAAAUCCGGACAUUGAGGACAAUGGAACUAUUUACCCUGACGUAUGAGUUAGGUACACAGACCUGACCUCACAGUUUCCACCUAUUGUGUCCCUCAACUGACACCGUCCAUUUUGAGCACUAUAGGCAUAUAAUGUGUGUGUUUUGUUCUUAAAGAUAUGUGUGUAUUGUGUUCAGAGGCAGGUGUCUGAUGUGCGCAGUUUACCCGUUGCUGUGUUAGAGACUCAGCUGAUCCAAGCCUUCAGGGCAAACCACCCACUGGACACAGAGAGAGCUGGUCUAACAACCGCCAUACGAACUACCGUCACCCACAUCAUCCAGUCACACCCCGUCAACUCUGGUACGGACAUAUCACUUCCUGGAUCGCUCCAAAUUAGAUUAGAUCUCGGAAGUCUCAUCUAGGUUAAGAAAAACUCUGCUUUAAACACAGCCUGGUCCCAGAUCUGUUGUCUCCUUCUAUAGCCUGGUCCCAGAUCUGUUUGUGCUCUUGCAAACUCCAUUGCUGUCCUUGUGAAGGAGUAGAAACAGACUGACCCAGGCUACAGUAAACAUAAUUUACCAAGAUAAACAAUCUUAUCAGUUGUCUUUUUUUAACCACGUCCCGACAUGGUUUAGGGCCAGCAGGUUUCCCAGUGCUGAUCUUGGAUCAGGUUCCCCCUCUUUUUCAAUAUGAUUUAAAAGGCGAAACCGAUUCUAGAUCAGUAUGAAUUGGGCUGCCUGUGUAAACGCAGGGCUAUGGUGGCCACACUGACAAACCCUCCUCCUCUCUCCCCAGAGACUGCCCUACUGACAAACCUUCCUCCUCUCUCACCAGAGACUGCCCUACUGACAAACCCUCCUCCUCUCUCCCCAGAGACUGCCCUACUGACAAACCCUCCUCCUCUCUCCCCAGAGACUGCCCCACUGACAAACCCUCCUCCUCUCUCCCCAGAGACUGCCCCACUGACCCCUCCUCCUCCUCUCUCCCCAGAGACUGCCCCACUGACCCCUCCUCCUCCUCUCUCCCCAGAGACUGCCCCACUGACCCCUCCUCCUCCUCUCUCCCCAGAGACUGCCCCACUGACCCCUCCUCCUCCUCUCUCCCCAGAGACUGCCCCACUGACCCCUCCUCCUCUCUCCCCAGACCUCAGUGACAUCAAGGCCAUUCGAGCCAGAGUCCCCGACGACAUCAGCACCUUCCUCAUCCAGUUGACUGUGGAGUUGCUGCAGAGAGAGGGGAUGCCCACAGCGCCACCUGCUGUUUCCACCAGCCUACAGCAGCCUGAGCUGACCUGGAUAGAACCAAAGGUCUAUAGAAGAUUUAUAUUAUAUAAUAUCUGCCAUGUAUCUAGAUACGUAUCGAAUAGUCUUGAAAGGGUAAGAUGCACAUCCCUACUUUUGUCCAAAGCGACUUAGUCAUGCGUGCAUGCAUACAUUCAGUGUUGGGGAAGCUACUCUGAAAAUAUAGUUUAGCAAACAAGCUACUAAUUACUUCACACUGGAAGAAGUUAGGCUACACUAAAGCUACCGUUAAUAAAUAUAGUUUAUUUAACUAAAGUUAUUUUGAAAAAGUAGUUCACCACAUCCAAACUACUUCGUGAAAAAGUAUCAAAUCUAAAUCUGAAAUGUCAUAGAUGACAGUUUGCAAGAACAAAUCACUUUGGGGUCAUAUGUUAACAGAAUGCGUAAUUUAGCCUACUAAACACAAAAACAAUGUUUCAGGUGAGAAUUAGGCAGCUCUGAUACCGAAAAAGAAAGGAAAUUCUUGUCUAUUUCAUCCAUCUUUUAUUUUAGCUAAAAGAGUAGAGUGUAGUUCCAGUAGUUAGCUACAUCAUUACAUGGCAACAAAGUAAUGAACUACUGAAAACACUACCAAGAUUAGAAUUGAGUUAAACUACCACCAAGCUACUAAAAACACUACCAAGAUUAGAAUUGAGUUAAACUACCACCAAGCUACUGAAAACACUACCAAGAUUAGAAUUGAGUUAAACUACCACCAAGCUACUGAGAAAUGUAGUUAAAUUACUAGUUGAACUAUCCCCAACACUGCAUACAUUUUACGUAUGGGUGGUCCCGGGAAUCGAACCCACCGUUGCAAGCGCCAUGCUCUACCAACUGAGAUACAGAAGACCACAUUAUAAUCAUCAUUUUUCCACUGAGCUUGGACUGUCUCUAUAUUCAUAGCUUUUAUUUUGAGCUUUUUCCCUUAAUUAUCUCCAGAACAUCCAUCAAUGUGUCCCUUUUUUAUUAGCAUUAGUGGGCAUGUGCAUGUGGGUAUAAACAUCUCUGGAGUUAAAGGGAUGGGUGUAAACGUCUCUGGAAUUAAAGCGGUGGGUAUAAACAUCUCUGGAGGGAUGAAUAAGUAAUGUGAGUCAUGCAUACGUCUGAUGAUCAUUUACUUUUUAAAUAGAAUUUUGCUUUGAAUCACGUAGCUACUUUGUUGAGCAUGGGAUAUACUGUAUGUAUGAGAGGGGAGAAAAUAUUUUUUCCUCAAUGCAAUUAUGCAUUUAUGUAAAUUACCAAGCCUCAAAACCCCAUGCAUUCAUGUAAAUCACCAUGCUUCAAACCUCUAUGCAUUCAUGUAAAUCACCAUGCGUCAAACCCCCAUGCAUUCAUGUAAAUGACCAUACGUCAAACCUCCAUGCAUUCAUGUAAAUCGCCAUGCGUCAAACCUCCAUGCAUUCAUGUAAAUCACCAUGUGUCAAACCUCCAUGCAUUCAUGUAAAUCACCAUGCGUCAAACCUCCAUGCAUUCAUGUAAAUCGCCAUGCGUCAAACCUCCAUGCAGUCAUGUAAAUCGCCAUGCGUCAAACCUCCAUGCAGUCAUGUGAAUCACCAUGCGUCAAACCUCCAUGCAUUCAUGUAAAUCGGCAUGCGUCAAACCUCCAUGCAUUCAUGUGAAUCGCCAUGCGUCAAACCUCCAUGCGUUCAUGUAAAUCGGCAUGCGUCAAACCUCCAUGCAUUCAUGUGAAUCGCCAUGCGUCAAACCUCCAUGCAUUCAUGUAAAUCGGCAUGCGUCAAACCUCCGUGCAUUAGUGUAAAUCGCCAUGCGUCAAACCUCCAUGCAUUAGUGUAAAUCGGCCAAUGCGUCAAACAAAAUAUAAUAAUAUGCCAUUUAGCAUGACGCUUUUAUCCAAAGCGACUUACAGUCAUGCGUGCAUACAUUUUUGUAUAUGGGUGGUCCCGGGGAUCGAACCCCACUACCUUGGCGUUACAAGCGCCGUGCUCUCCACUAGCUACAGAGACCACUAACAACCUCCAUGCAUUCAUGUAAAUCACCAUGCGUCAAACCUCCAUGCAUUCAUGUAAAUCACCAUGCGUCAAACCUCCAUGCAUUCAUAUAAAUCAUUAAGCGUCAAACCUCCAUUCAUUCAUGUAAAUCAUUAAGCGUCAAACCCCCAUGCAUUCAUGUAAAUCACCAUGCGUCAAACCUCCAUGCAUUCAUGUAAAUCAUUAAGCGUCAAACCUCCAUGCAUUCAUGUAAAUCAUUAAGCGUCAAACCUCCAUGCAUUCAUGUAAAUUACCAAGCGUCAAACCUCCAUGCAUUCAUGUAAAUCACCAUGUGUCAAACCUCCAUGCAUUCAUGUAAAUCUCACCAAUGCGUCAAACCUCCAUGCAUUCAUGUAAAUCACCAUGUGUCAAACCUCCAUGCAUUCAUGUAAAUUACCAAGCGUCAAACCUCCAUGUGGUCUCCUUUUCCUCUUGUACACGACUGUAUUCCCUUGUUUAUUUCCCCUCCAUUGGGGUUUCCAUUACUGUACAACAGGUGUAAACCUCACGAGGGUCUCUCUCCCCUAUACGUCAGCAGUGAGCCUACUUACUGAUUUGAAAUGCACUGCUUCACUGAUUUGAAUGUCAGGUAGUUUAUCAAAUCUUACCGUGCCCACUCGACCAUGAAUUAAAAAUGAAAAGCUGAAAUGUCUUGAGUCAAAAAGUAUUCAACCCCUUUGUUACAGAAAGCCUAAAUAAAUUCAGGAGUAAAUAUUUGCUUCACAAGGCACAUAAUACGUUUCAUGAACUUACUCUGUGUGCAAUAAUACUGUUUAACAUUAUUUGUUAAUGACUACCUCAUCUCUGUAAACAUACAAUUAUCUGUAAGGUCCCUCAGUCGAGCAGGGAAUUUCAAACACAGAUUAAACCACAAAGACCAGGGGAAAAAGUUGACAUUGAAUAUCCCUUUGAGCAUGGUGAAGUAAUUCAUUACACUUUGGAUGGUGUAUCAAUACACCGUCACUACAAAGAUACAGGCGUCCUUCCUAACUCAGUUGCCGGAGAGGAAGGAAUGGUGGCUUUAAAAUAGUUCGUUUACUCUUAUCACAGCCAUUAAACUCUGGGGGUAGAUCAACAACAUUGUAGUUAUUCCACAAUACUAACCUAAAUGACGGAGUGAAAAGAAGGAAGCCUGUACAGAAUACAAAUAUUUCAAAACAUGCAUCCUGUUUUCAGUCGGGCACUAAAGUAAAAAAUGCAAAAAAAUGUGGGAAAGAAAUGAACUUUGUCCUGAAUACAAAGCCAUAUGUUUGGGGAAAAUCCAACACAACAUAUCACAGAGUACCACUUUUCAUAUUUUAAAGUAUAAUGGCGGCUGCAUCAUGUUAUGGGUAUGCUUGUCAUCAGCAAGGACUAGGGAGUUUUUUAAGGAUAAAAAGAAACAGAAUAGAGCUAAGCACAGGGAAAAUCCUAGAGGAAAACCUGGUUCAGUCUGUUUUCCACCAGACACUGGGAGACAAAUUCACCUUUCAGCAGGACAAUAACCUAAAACACAAGGACAAAUAUACACUGGAGUUGCUUACCAAGACGACGUUGAAUCAGCCUGAGUGGCCUAGUUGACAUUUUCUUGACUUAAAAUCGGCUUGAAAAUCUAUGGCAAGACUUGAAAAUGGCUGUCUAGCAAUGAUCAACAACCAACUUGACAGAGCUUGAAUAAUUUUUUUAAGAAUCAUGUGAAAAUAUUGCCAAUCAGGUGUGCAAAGCUCUUAGAGACUUACCCAGAAAGCCUCACAGCUGUAAUCGCUGCCAAAGGUGAUUCUAACAUGUAUUCACUCAGGGGUGUGAAUACUUAUGUAAAUGAGAUAUUUCUGUAUUUCAUUUUCAAUCAAUUUGCAAAAGUUUCUAAAAACAUGUUUUCAUUUAGUAAUAAUGGGGGGUAUUGUGUGUAGAUGGGUGGGAGAACAAGUACAUUUCAUCCAUUUUGAAUUCAGGCUGUAACACAACAAUGUGGAAUAAGUCAAAGGGUGUGAAUACUUUCUGAAGGCACCUUGCUAUCCCUUGUAUUAUCAGAUGGGGAUCCUUUCAUUUAUGGACGCAUCCGUCCUUAAUGGCAUUGCUUGUAACCUAAUUCAGCUUCACCAUGUUAGAUGCAGUCAAUAGUAAGGUUGCGUCCCAAAUGGCACCCUAUAAUAGGGCACUACUUUUGACCAGAGCCCAUAAAUGUAGUGGCCUAUAUAGGGAAUAGGGUGCCAUUUGGGAUACAGGCUUAGCAUUGAUCAGCAGUGAGUCAUUGAUAGUCAUUCAUUCAAUAUGAGAUGGCACGUGCGUCGAUCUUGAAAUGUAAACGUCAGCAGUUGUAAUGGAUUUAUUUAGUUUUAUAUUCAAAGAUUGCACAUGGGACAAAGCCUUGUCAACUAAUGUAUGCCUUUCAAAUGCACGUGUCACGGUUAAUCUCUGUGUGCUGGAGAACAACUCCCUCAAGGUGAAGGUAUAAUGACAUCUCCGGCCGUAAAGUCAUGCAUGCACUACCGUCACUUUAUCUCUCUCUCUCUCUCUCUCUCUCUUUCGCUCUCCCUCUCUCUACCCACUAUCUCUCUCUCUCCCGCUACACACUCUUUCUCUCCCUCUACACUCUCUCUCUCCCUCUACACCACUCACCCUCUUCCUCAUCCCCUACAACAACCGCCGCUCUCUUGGCUCUCGUUCCUCCCCAUCCCCACCCCCUACAUCCUUCUCUGGCCCUCCCCCUCUAUCUCACUCCCCCUCUCUCCCUCUAUCUCUCCCCCUCUCUCCCUCUAUCGCUCUCCCCCUCUGUCCCUCUAUCUCUCCCCUGCCCCCUCUAUUCUCUCCCCCUCUGUCCCUCUUAUCUCUCUGCCCUCUCCCCCCCCCUCUCUACGCUCUAUCUCGCUACCCCUCUGUCCCUCCUACUCUCCCCCUCUGUCCCUCUAUCUCUCCCCCUCUGUCCCUCUAUCUCUCACCCUCUGUCCUCUAUCUCUCCCCCCUCUGUCCUCUAAUCUCUGCCCUUCCCUCUCGUCCCUCUCUCCCCCUCCCUUAUCUCUCCCCAUCUGUCCUCAUAUCUCUCUCCCCCUCUGUCCCUUAUCUCUCCCCCUCUGUCCCUAUAUCUCUUCCCACUCCCUCUAUCUCUAUCCCCUCUGUCCCUCUAUCUCUGCCCUUCUCCCCUCUCUCCAUCUAUCUAUCUUCUCCUCCUAUCUCUCUCCCCAUUGUCCUCUGUCCCUUAUCUCUCCCCCACUCCCUAUCUCUGUCCCUCUUCUCACUCCCCUCUGUCCCUCUAUCUCCCCUCUAUUCUCCCCUCGUCCCUCUAUCUCUCCCCUCUGUCCCUCUCCCACUCUGUCCCUUUAUCUCUGACCCUCCACCCCUAUCUCUCUCUAUCUCUCCCCCUCUGUCCCUCUACUCUCCCCCUAUCUCUCUCCCUUCCCUCUGUCCCUCUAUCUCUCCCCAUCUCUGUCCCUCCUCUCCCUCUCCAUCUAUCUCUCUCCCCUCUGUCCCCUACUCUCCCCUCUAUCUCUCUACCUCUAUCUCUCUCCCCCUCUGUCCCUCUAUCUCUCCCCCUCUCUCCCUCUAUCUCUCCCCCUCUGUCCCUCUAUCUCUCCCCCUCUGUCCCUUCUAUCCUCUCACCCUCUGUCCCACCUCUAUCUCUCCCUCCUAAUCUCUCCCCUCUGUCCCUCUAUCUCUCCCCCUCUGUCCCUAUUCUCUCCCUCCCCUCUGUCCCUUAUUCUCUCUUCCCUCUAUCUCUCCCCCAUCUGUCCCUAUAUCUCUCUCCCCCUCUCCUUAUCUCUAUCCCUCUGUCCCUCUAUCUCUGCCCUUCUCCCCUCUCUCCAUCUAUCUAUCUCUCUCCCUCUAUCUCUCUCCCCCUCUGUCCCUCUGUCCCUCUAUCUCUCCCCCAUCUCCUCUAUCUCUGUCCCUCUCUCUCCCCCUAUGUCCCUCUAUCUCCCCCUAUUUUCCCCCUCUGUCCCUUAUCCCUGCACCCUCUUCCCCUCUCCCCCUCUGUCCCUUUCCUCUCCCCUCUCCCUACCUAUCUCUCCCCUAUCUCUCCCCCUACUGUCCCUCUAUCGCUCCCCUAUUCUCUCCCUCUGUCCCUAUCUAUCUCCCUCUAUCUCUCCCCUCUGUCCCCCUAUCUCUCUCCCUCUAUCUCUCCCCCUCUCUCCCCCUCUCUGGCCACUCUUGUCAGUGCAGAGCCCAAUCUCUCAGGCUGCUCUUGUCCCCAUUAAUGGGGCAGGCUUUAAAGGCCAGGCUGACAUCUGGUGCCUUCCUCUCAGACUGAUUACUACAGGGGACCUAUUUCCUUAAAGGCUGAUGCAGCACGACAAGCCCGGCCCCAUGUCCCAGCCCAGCUUCAUGACCCAGCCUGGCCCACUCCCAGCCCCAUGUCCCAGCCCAGUUUCAUGUCCCAGCCUGGCCCCACUCCCAGCCCGCGGCCCCAGCCCCAUGUCCCAGCCCAGCUCCAUGUCCCAGCCCAGCCCAGCUUCAUGACCCAGCCUGGCCCCAGCCCCAUGUCCCAGCCCAGCGCCAUGUCCCAGCCCAGCUUCAUGUCCCAGACUGGCCCCAGCCCCAUGUCCCAGCCCAGCCCAGCUUCAUGUCCCAGCCCAGCCCCAUGUCCCAGCCCAGCCCCAUGUCCCAGCCCAGCCCCAUGUCCCAGCCCAGCCCAGCUUCAUGUCCCAGCCCAGCUCCAUGUCCCAGCCCAGCUUCAUGACCCAGCCUGGCCCCAGCCCCAUGUCCUAGCCCAGACCCACUCCCCUCUCCAGAUGUGAAAGCAGCUCGGGAGGUUUUUCACACAACUGGCCCACUUCUACAUGGGAGUAAUCGCCCUUGUUGCUGUUGAGUCCAUGUUAGUGGCUCAUAGUCAUAUUUAACUGUCAGUUUGGGUAGGAUUUCGUUGUAGGUAUAAAUACUAGCUCCUACUGUGUGGUCCUCUGUAGCUCAACUGGUAGAGCACGGCGCUUGUAACGCCAAGGUAGUGGGUUCGAUCCCCGGGACCACCCAUACACAAAAAUGUAUGCACGCAUGACUGUAAGUCGCUUUGGAUAAAAGCGUCUGCUAAAUGGCAUAUUAUUAUUAUUAUUUAUUAUUUACUGGAAUCCAGCUCUUAAGUCAGGAUAUGUGACAUCAUUCAUUAGCACUAAUUGACACUUUUGUGUGUUUCUUCCAGGACAAACCGGUGAAAAAAGCUUCCAUCCACAAGCCAGUGAGGACUGAAAAAGCCCCAGCCCAGCCAGCCCCAGUCAAGCUAUCCCCACCCCAACCAGAUGGUUGGUCUGCAGUCCAACUCCCAGACAAGAUGGAGAUGAGUAUGGAAGAGGAUGUCCUGUUCAGGGAUCUCCCAAUGCCAGAGGUAAUGUUCAGCUAACAAAGACAAACUGAUUUAAAACUAGCCUGUACUUUUUACACCAAUACACCUCUGCUGAAACCGAACUGCAUUUGUGGACUAACAUUGGGUGAAUUGCAGCAUAUGACAAUGUCAGUCAAUGUGUCUCCCACUAAAUAUGGUGCAUUGUCUUCUCUCUCCCUGGUAGGAAGUGGGUCCCAUCCCAGAGUAUGUCACUGCCCGUCCCAGCCCAGCUCCAUGUCCCAGCCCAGCUUCAUGUCCCAGCCCAGCUCCAUGUCCCAGCCCAGCUUCAUGUCCCAGACUGGCCCCAGACCCAUGUCCCAUCCCAGCCCAGCUUCAUGACCCAGCCUGGCCCCAGCCCCAUGUCCCAUCCCAGCCCCAUGUCCCAGCCCAGCUUCAUGUCCCAGCCCAGCUCCAUGUCCCAGCCCAGCUCCAUGUCCCAGCCCAGCUUCAUGACCCAGCCCAGCUUCAUGACCCAGCCUGGCCCCAGCCCCAUGUCCUAGCCCAGACCCACUCCCCUCUCCAGAUGUGAAAGCAGCUCGGGAGGUUUUUCACACAACUGGCCCACUUCUACAUGGGAGUAAUCGCCCUCGUUGCUGUUGAGUCCAUGUUAGUGGCUCAUAGUCAUAUUUAACUGUCAGUUUGGGUAGGAUUUCGUUGUAGUUAUAAAUACUAGCUCCUACUGGAAUCCAGCUCUUAAGUCAGGAUAUGUGACAUCAUUCAUUAGCACUAAUUGACACUUUUUGUGUGUUUCUUCCAGGACAAACCGGUGAAAAAAGCUUCCAUCCACAAGCCAGUGAGGACUGAAAAAGCCCCAGCCCAGCCAGCCCCAGUCAAGCUAUCCCCACCCCAACCAGAUGGUUGGUCUGCAGUCCAACUCCCAGACGAGAUGGAGAUGAGUAUGGAAGAGGAUGUCCUGUUCAGGGAUCUCCCAAUGCCAGAGGUAAUGUUCAGCUAACAAAGACAAACUGAUUUAAAACUAGCCUGUACUUUUUACACCAAUACACCUCUGCUGAAACCGAACUGCAUUUGUGGACUAACAUUGGGUGAAUUGCAGCAUAUGACAAUGUCAGUCAAUGUGUCUCCCACUAAAUAUGGUGCAUUGUCUUCUCUCUCCCUGGUAGGAAGUGGGUCCCAUCCCAGAGUAUGUCACUGCCCAUCAGCCUCUUACUGCAGCCGCCAAGGCUGUCCCCCAGACCAGUGCAGUGAAGCUGGCCUCCUGGAACCAGGAGCCCCUGGAUGAGGACACACAGGAACUCUUCAGUGACUCCCCACCUCAGGUACAAGUCACUGAUUUUCUGUUGUGUGUUUUUCUCAGCCUUGAAAAGUGGAUUUCACUCAGGAUAUGAAACGAUGUACCAGACCUAUUCUUUUUGCAAAAUAGACACAUUUGAUUCACAAAUAUAACAAGUGUCAAUGUGUGGGGUACAUGAUGAUAUAAAAGCUAUUUCUUCCAUUUGAACCAAGGCAAUGAAUCCAUAUUCUUAUUUUCUUAAUGGAUCACUUGAUAAGACACUAGCUGUGAAUUUGAUUAUCAAUAAGGCGGAGGAGGGGGGAUGCCCUUGGUUAAAUAUCUGCUUUCAUCAGCAUCCGGCUUCAAUCAACUUAAUAAUUGGCUCCCAAAAAUCCCUUUCCCUGCAUUAAAGAAAACUACCCAGUAAGUAUUUUUAAAACCCUGGGAAAACUCCACUAAGUGCAAGAUGUGCAAUUAACAGCUUCCAGUCUGUUCUUCCAGUGUGUGGAGCUCUCUAGAUCAACGUCAGUGCGCUCGUUCAGCUGUUGAUCUCUCUUCCCAGGGUGUCCACGCUAAGGUCCUCAUUUCCACAUAUAAUUGGAUGGAGCUGAACUUAUUAGCAUAAUUGGUAAUACCUUCCAUCAAGCUCAAUUCUAUCUCACCCACUCCCGUAGCUAAAUGUCCUCAAUAGAAAGUUAAGUAGUGUCAUUGACCCACUGAAAUGAUCCAGUAUGCAUCCACUAACUGGUUGUUUGUAGUCAUUCUGGUGUCCGGAUGGCAGUGGGACUAGAAAUACCCUGACACACUUGUAGUGAUAAGAUGGUCGCCACGGGUUCAUCUUAUUAGACCCCUGCCAUCCUCCAGUUGUGGUUUUCACAGCGCAAUAGAGCAGAUUGUGUUUGAGCGCCGUUUAAUACCGACGAUUGCGUGCAACUUAAGAGAUCUCCCUGAUGACACGGGUGAUGAUAUUGUGCCCUGACAUGCAGGAAUUCACCAUAAAUCCAAAACAAUAACAGAUCUGCGCCGGAUGAGCCCACAGGAGGAUGCCCACCCGCCCCAGUCAGAUGAACAGACAGACCCUUGGUUAAUGCAGAGUUAAUUGUUAUUCGCCACAAAGGGCUUUGUUUAUUUGUGACGUUCUCCCGAGGUUGUGACCCUUGGCUCUCGCUAAUCCCACACGGGAGGAUCGAUGGGAACGCGGUGUCCCCCAUCUAACGAGAUGAGCGCGCCCUGGCUUAGUCUGGAACUGGCUUACAUUUAACCUCUGACCUGGGGUCAGCGCUCAGCGUGAGCAUCUUGAACGCCCUUUGACCUCCUUUAACCCCAUCAGUCCCGAGACCCCAGCAAAAAUGGCCUUUUCAUUUAUCUGACUUUCGUUUAUCUGCAUGUCCAGCCCUUAUAUUUAGUCUCACAAUGAAGUGUUUUACCCUUUUCUUUUCAGGGCAACUAGGACCACAAGUAAAACAAAACAAUUUGACAUAAACCGUUGCAUUCAUGAGUUUUAUUGACAAAUGUCAAUAAAAAAAAUAGUCUGCCAAAGCUAAAAACCUGAUAAAUGAAUUUAAAGUGGGCUGUAAGUACAGAAAUGGUUUGCUCUGUGGGAAAUGAAUAUCCAACUAGUCAGUGACUACUGUGUGGAGAGUUUGAGACAGCAACUAUGUGACCUUAUUACAGUAUUAUAUUAUAUGAUUUCCGUUAUAUGAACCCCUUACCUUAAUGACUCUUUUGUAGGUUGUGAGCGUCAUAUGGCAAAACGUGCGUAUUUGUGAGAGUCUCAGCUUUUCAUACAUAGCUUUUAAUCGUUUGUAGCUCAAACCAUUCAGAUUCUACAGACGUUUUUGUAAAAAGACCCGGCCCCCUUCGGGAUCCGCCCUGGUCUCACAAACACAAUGUUUAAAAGGGGUUAGAAGUUCAAAUGGCGCCGGCUUCGCGGUGGGACUCGUUGGGUUAAGAAAUAUCCUCAAUAAUCAUUCACUGUUGAUGUGAAUGUGUACCUGAAAGCUUUAUUUGUUCCACCCUCUCCACACACUCCACUGUGCCUCCUAGUCAUGGUAACCUGUGGAUCAAUAUGUGUUUUAGAGCUCCCUCUAAAUAGAUCAACAGCCAGAUCCGUUCUCCCCUUCACUGAGCAGCGGCAGUGAGGUCACUAAAGAUUUAGCACCAACGAGAUUGAGAGAGACCAAAAAAAAAAAAAACACUCUCCUCAAGGAAAUUACAUUUAGAGGGGUCAGAUAAAUUGCUUAAGAGGAAUUGUGAUGGAUGGUAAUCCGAUGUUGGAUAGCGCGCUUGGGUGUCUUGUAUUGAUGCAGCUGCACGCAUGAGACUCACAUAGACAUGCAGUGGACUGCGGACACUCUAGGCCAAAGGAGGAUCUUGGAAGUCCAGUUUAGUCGCCAGGUCCAACCGAUUGUAGCAGUCUAGCCAUGGAGUAUUGUCUUUCGGCACAUUUGGACGUUACAAAUUUGUGCUGGUACAUAUUUCCUAUACUUCAUUAUAACAUGCACGUCAAAUAGAUUAAAGUCCAGAUCCCAUUUUGAUCGUGCUGUGCGGUCAAUGUCGUUUUCAAGAGAUUUAUUUCUGACACCAGCUUGUUCCUUUUAUGUGUUUUGCUUUUCAAUCACAGGACCAGGUCACUAAUACGUCAGCUUUGUGUCUAGAACUCGUCAUACUUCUAGUAUUUAUCAGAGGUGUAACAGAUGGGGGAUUUAUUGUCUGAGGUUUGUGUGCAUUCCUCAACCUUGAUUUAAGCUUAAGUCAUUGUGGGCUUCUAAGCAUUUUUGUAUCUCUGACUUGAGGAGAUGGAGAGUCACUGAAGACCCCUAAGCUUUUCAGUAAGAGCAAUGUUAUCGGCUGCAUGGCGUCUCUAUUUACCCGACCAAUAGGUCACGUACUGUAGGUCGGACUGCUAAUCCAGUGUGGUUUAUUCACCAGAGCUCCUCCUUCUAAUCUCUGUUGUCUAGCUUCCGGAGGAGACAUCACAAGCCUCACCAUAAAAUGAUGUGUUCUUAUAAAGGUUAUAAAUAAUAUUUUUCUGUUUUUGUUAAUAUGUUACUUUUAAUGGGUGUUAAAUACGCACAUUAGUAGUUACUUUAACACAUUUCUUACAACAAAUAAAAGAAGCUGGGGGAGGUAAAAAGCGUCUGCUAAAUGGCAUAUUAUUAUUAUUAUUAUUAUUAUUAUUUAUUCUAUGGAAAUAUAAAAUCAAGAUGAAGAGAAAGUUUGUUGCAUCCAUCCAUCCAUCCAUUUAUCACCAAUAAAACUCAAUUCAGGUGGAAAGAACCGGAGUGAAAGAAAGGGAAUGUGAUUUAAUUUGACUAAAGAACUGUGAAUUUGAUGCAACAACUGGGACCAAUUCUGCAGACAAACGCUCAAUUUAACAAAGAACCACCAGAGCCUUCUCCUACAUGAUCUCAGUAAUAACCUUGGAGCAGGUUUCUCCCUGAAGUACCUUUCCAUUUUAACCUUGGUGUGGGUUUCUCCCUGAAGUACCUUUCCAUAUUGUACAUGACAGCUGGUGAAGCUCUCCGUACCAGAACAUUGCCAGAACAAGUGUGAAGUUCACAUUGAGUAGAUCAACGAUAAUAACUUGAAAGGGCGUACCCAGCAGGCAAAACUGGUUGCAAUGGCGUCAGGUUGUAUACUGGUUAGAUAAGAAUGUUUGAUUGACGUCUUUUUAGCAACAUGAAAAAGACGUCUUUACAACCACGAAAAUGUGACAUGUUUUCCACGAUGUCUUCAAAGACGUCUUUACCUGAUUGUAAUAGAGACCAGUUGGUUGUAAUCUGGUUAUAUGAUGUCUCAACCAGAAAACCAGUUUACCACCAGAGGAUUAUGUAAUUAAGAUGUCAUGUGCCAAAUCUUGUGCCCACCGGGUAGACCUGUGUUUCCCAACUCCGGUCCUCCAGUAUCCCCAACAGUACAUAUUUUUGUUGUGGCCCCCAGAAAAGCACACCUGAUUCUACUUGUCAACUAAUCAUCAAGCCCUGGACAAGUCGAAUCAGGUGUUUUUGUCCGGGGCUACAACAAAAAUGUGUGCCCUUUGGGGUUACUGGAGGACCGGAGUUGGGAAACACUGGGGCAGGACCAGAGUUGGGAAACACUGGGGUAGUUUUCAGUGGAGCUAACAACUAUCAACCAAGAGUGGACUCAUUGUUGUUGAUGCAUGUUCAUCUCUCCACAGAAUGUCAGCCAGCCGGCGAAGAGGAAACUACCAGACUGGGCCGAACUACCAAGAGGCUCCAGUUCUUUGGCCUGUUCAAAGAAAACCAAAAAGAACAAAGGACUUUUUUCA